GUUGGAGCAUUCCCAGCCUUGCCUCGGGUGUAGGGAUUGCAAGGAAAAGCAAAACUACACGGACUAGAACCUGUGUAGUUUUGUUUUUUGGGUCAUAUUGAGGCUCAACCGUUCUCACCUUGGAUAUUCUGGAAACAUUCUGGAUAAGAGGAUUGUUGCUGAGGCGGUAGCCUUCUGGGCGCAGUCCCAUCAAUAAGAGGCACCAUUGUGAUACAAGGUGCCUACCACCAUGUCAACGCAGGCUCCGACGUUUACACAACCGCUUCAGAGCGUUGUGGCACUUGAGGGUAGUGCUGCAACGUUCGAAGCUCAAGUUAGUGGUAAUCCAGUUCCUGAGGUGAGCUGGUUUCGUGAUGGCCAGGUUCUUACUGCUGCCGCUCUGCCCGGCGCUCAGAUCUCGUUCAGCGAAGGCCGCGCUGUUCUGAGGAUCCCCGCCGUGACAGCCGCACACAGCGGAAGAUUUUCUGUGAGAGCCACCAAUGGCGCUGGACAAGCCACUAGCACCGCUGAACUGCUGGUUACAGCGGAAACUGCACCACCAACUUUCAUUCAGAGACUACAAAGCAUGACCGUGAGACAAGGAAGCCAAGUAAGACUGGAUGUUCGUGUUACGGGAAUCCCUACACCUGUGGUAAAGUUCUACAGAGAGGGAGCUGAGAUUCAGAGCUCCGCUGACUUUCAGAUUGUUCAAGAAGGAGACCUUUACAGCUUGUUGAUUGCCGAGGCCUUCCCUGAAGACUCUGGAACGUACUCUGUCAAUGCGUCUAACAGCAGUGGACGUGCUACCUCUACUGCUGAACUUUUGGUUCAAAGUGAAGAGGUUGUAGUGCCUGCUAAGAAGACUAAGACAGUUGUUUCGACUGCUGAGAUUUCACAGACUCGCCAAACUAGAGUGGAAAAGAAAAUGGAGGCUCGUUUUGAGUCCACAGCCAUGACGGAAAUGGAAAUGGAGGGAGGUGUUGAGAUUCAGCAUUUGGCUCACAAGACACCCCCUCGUAUACCUCCAAAACCAAGCUCCAAGUCCCCCACACCUCCAUCAGUGGUAUCAAAGAUCGCAGCUGCUCGCCACCAGUCCCCCUCCCCCGUGAGACAUGUUAAGGCUCCCGCCCCAGCACCUGUUAGACCUGCAUCACCAACUUCAAGACUGUCUGUGUCCCCUAUCAGACCAGUGAAGUCUCCAAUAACUACCCGCAGGCAGGUCACAACAGGAGCUGAAGUGCUGCCUCCAUGGAAGCAGGAAGGCUAUGUCGCAGAGUACACUACUAUGGCUACCGGGGCCACAUAUGUCCAGACUUCUACCGCACAUGUUCAGAAGGAACAGUGGGAAACCUCUUUUGCUGGUCAGGUCAGCGGAGCCACUGUCAAACAGGUGGUAGAGGCUGCAGUGAUCCCUUCGCAUACACAAGAGCAAGUGAUGCCACCAACUAUUGUUGCUGGAUUGAAGAACUUGACCGUUACUGAGGGAGAGUCUGUGACUCUGGAGUGCCAGAUCUCAGGCCACCCCACACCUGGCAUUAUGUGGUUCAGAGAAGACUACAGGAUUGAGAGCUCCAUUGACUUCCAGAUCACAUACGAGAAUAACUUUGCCCGCUUAGUGAUCCGUGAGGCCUUUGCUGAGGAUAGUGGCCGUUUCACUUGCACCGCCACCAGUGAGGCUGGAACAAUCAGCACCUCUUGUUACCUUCUUGUCAAAGUGUCUGAGGAAAUUGAGAGCAGGGAAGAUUUGACUGCUGUCUCAGAACACAUUGAAAUAUCCGCCCAUGAAAGACACAUUGAAGCCAGAGAGGAGACUAUGUCAGAAGUGAGUGCUGUGUCAGAGUCUGUGGAAGCUGGAGCAGCUGUGGCUCCUUUCUUUGUGAAAAAGCCCACUGUGCAGAAACUGGUAGAAGGUGGCAGUGUUGUCUUUGAGUGUCAGAUUGGAGGCAGCCCCAAACCCCACAUCUACUGGAAGAAGAGUGGAGUUCCACUAACCACUGGAUAUAGAUAUAGAGUUGCAUACAAAAAGGAGACAGGACAAUGCAAACUGGAGAUCUCCAUGACAUUCCCUGAUGAUGCUGGAGAGUAUACAGUCUUUGCCAGGAAUCAGCUUGGAGAGGUAUCUGCCUCAGCCAUGCUGCUUGAUGAAGAGACAUAUGAAGCUUAUCUAAAGGAACAGGAAAUGACAUACAAGACCGAAGUGACCACUAUACUGGAGCAGCAGCCCAGAGUGGCAGAUAUGCCACCUGUAGUUGUAAGUGAAACUGAAAAAGAGCAAAUACUCAUUCAGAGGAGGAUGGCACAGCAGGCACAAAUGAUGCGGUCCUUCACUUCUGAGCAAGAGUUUCAAAUAUCUACUGCAGAGCAGAGGUUUGUCUAUGAGAUUGAGUUACGUCUUCUUAAGAUUACAUACCAGGAACUGUUGAUUGAGGAUGGGGAGCAGAUGGAUGUGAGCAUUUCUGAACACGAGGCUGUGUCCCCAGUCUUCAACAUUCCUGUGAAGAAUUACAGACUCAGGGAAGGAAUGAGUGCCACUUUCCACUUCAAAAUGACAGGAACUCCACUUCCUAAGAUUGCCUGGUACAAAGAUGGCAAGCGUAUCAAGCAUGGAGAUCAUUAUCAGAUUGAGGUUCUUCAGGAUGGUAGAGCCAGUCUGCGCCUUCCUGUGGUGCUCCCAGAAGAUGAGGGUGUCUAUACUGCUUUGAUCAGCAACAUGAAGGGUAAUGCUGUCAGCUCUGGGAAGCUGUAUGUAGAUCAAGCUAUUCCACAGACACAGCCCCCUCAGUCAGAAGCAGUUCAGAGAAUCAGGUCCACAUCACCACGCUCCACAAGUCGUUCCCCUGGACGUUCACCUGCUCGUAGGCUGGAUGAGACUGAUGAAGCCCAGCUUGAGAGGCUUUAUAAGCCUGUAUUUGUCACAAAGCCAUCAUCGGUUAGGUGCUCUGAGGGUCAAACUGCAAGAUUUGAUCUAAAAGUUGUUGGUAGACCCAUGCCUGACACUUUCUGGUUCCAUAAUGGACAACAAGUGGUUAAUGACUACACCCACAAGAUUGUGGUGAAGGAAGAUGGAACACAGUCCUUGAUUGUGGUUCCUGCCAUGCCUCAUGAUUCUGGAGAAUGGACAGUCGUUGCUCAGAACAGAGCUGGAAAAACCUCAGUUUCUAUGACUCUCACUGUAGAAGCAAAAGAAAACUUGGUGAGGCCUCAGUUUGUUGAGAAACUGAAGAACAUCAGCGUUAAGGAGGGCAGUUUGGUAGAGUUGGCUGUUAAAGCAAUCGGAAACCCCCUUCCCGACAUUGUCUGGCUGAAGAACAGUGAUAUUAUCUCACCACACAAACACCCAAAUAUCAAGAUUGAGGGUGGCAAGGGAGAGGGUCAUUUUAAGAUCCCCCAGAGUUCUGGUUCUGAUAGUGCCUGGUAUACAGCCACAGCUAUAAACAAAGCUGGCCGAGAUACCACACGCUGCAGAGUCAACGUCGAGGUAGAGGCAGUGGAGCCUCAGCCAGAGAGAAAACUCAUCAUUCCUAAAGGAACUUACAAGGCUAAGGAAAUUGCUGCACCGGAGUUGGAGCCCCUGCAUCUCCGCUAUGGUCAGGAACAAUGGGAGGAGGGUGACCUUUACGACAAAGAGAAGCAGCAGAAGCCUCACUUCAAAAAGAAAUUGACUUCAGUCAGACUUAAGCAGUUUGGCCCUGUGCACUUUGAUUGUAGACUAACCCCUAUUGGUGACCCCACAAUGAUUGUUGAGUGGUUGCACGAUGGCAAGCCCCUGGCAGCUGCUAACAGACUACGCAUGGUCAAUGAGUUUGGUUACUGCAGCCUUGACUAUGAAGCCGCUUAUGCCAGAGACAGUGGUGUUAUUACCUGCAGAGCCACCAACAAGUUUGGUGUUGACCAGACCUCUGCUACCCUUAUCGUGAAAGAUGAGAAGAGUCUUGUUGAGGAAAGCCAGUUACCAGAGGGUAGGAGGGGACUGAGAAUAGAUGAAAUUGAGCGCAUUGCUCAUGAGGGUGGUCCUUCAGGAGUUACAGGAGAUGACACAACAGAAAAAAUGAAACCUGAGAUCGUUUUGCUUCCGGAGCCAGUAAGAGUACAGGAGGGGGAAAAUGCUAAAUUCCGCUGCAGAGUGACUGGCUAUCCGACACCCAAGGUCAACUGGUACCUCAAUGGACAGCUUAUUCGCAAGAGCAAAAGAUUCAGGCUACAGUAUGAUGGUAUUCACUACUUGGAGAUCAUGGAUAGCAAAUCCUAUGACUCUGGUGAUGUCAAGGUUGUGGCAGAGAACCCUGAAGGUGCAGUCGAGCAUGUUGUGAAGUUUGAGAUUAAGCAGAGGGAGGACUUCCGCACUGUUCUGCGUCGAGCACCAGAAAUUAAGGCUCCUGCACCUGUGGUUCAAGAGCAUGGCAGAGUAUCCUUUGAGGUUGUUAAACCUGAGAAGCCCACAGAACCAUCAAAAGAGGCCAAAGAGGUGGUGAAACUGAGGAAAACCGAGAGGGUAAUUCAUGAGAAAUUAACAGAGGAAACCGAAGAGCUGAGAAGCAAAUUUAAACGCAGGACUCAGGAGGGCUACUAUGAAGCAAUCACUGCAGUUGAACUCAAGUCCCGGAAAAAGGAUGAGUCCUAUGAAGACAUGCUUAGGAAGAGGAAGGAAGAACUCCUUCAUCAUACCAAAGAACUGACUGAGGCUGAAAAGAAAAAAGAAGAGGAGCGAAAAGUCACCGCUCCCAAAUUCAAACCAGAGAAAGUAGUGCUUUCACCAAGUAUGGAAGCUCCAAAAAUUCUGGAACGUAUCCAGAGUCAGACAGUUGCUCUCGGCGAUGAAGUGCGCUUCCGUUGCAGAGUGGUUGGUAGACCAGAUCCAGAGUGCCAGUGGUUCAAGAAUGGAGUUUUGAUGGAGAAAUCAAACCAUAUUUACUGGCAUUGGCCUGAGGACCAUGUCUGUGAACUGGUCAUUAAAGAUGUGUCUGCUGAAGAUUCAGCUAGCAUCAUGAUCAAAGCCAUGAAUGUUGCAGGAGAGACCUCAAGCCAUGCAUUCUUGCUGGUUCAAGCAAAACAAGUCAUUUCAUUUACUCAAGUACUAGAAGACCAAAGUGCCAAAGAGAAGGACACCAUGGUGACCUUUGAAUGUGAGACUAAUGAGCCUUUUGUCAAGGUCAGAUGGCUGAAGAACAAUGUAGAGAUUUUCUCUGGAGACAAGUACAGAAUGCACUCUGACAGAAAGGUGCACUUCCUGUCUGUGCUGAUCAUUAACAUGAGUGACGAGGCAGAGUACAGCUGUGUUGUUGCAGAUGACGACCACAUUAGAACAUCUGCGAGACUUCAUGUUGAAGGUGCCCCACUUGAAAUUUUGAAAAACCUUGAGAACACAGAAGUACCUGAGACAUACGCUGGAGAGUUUGAAUGUGUCUUAUCCCGUGAGGAUGCUGAGGGCACUUGGUACUUUGAGAACAAAGAGAUCACUCCAAGUUUGAAAUAUGUCAUAUCCUCACGCCGUGGUCGCCACAGCCUGUCUGUAAAAGAUGUGAAGAAAGAAGACCAAGGCAAAUACACCUUCAAAGUGGACGAUCUAAAGACCAGUGCCUCCUUGAAGAUGAAAUUGCGUCCAGUUACCCUGCUUCAAGGCCUCUCUGACCUGACAAUCUGUGAAGGUGAUAUCGCCCAACUGGAGGUGCGAUUCUCUCAGGAGAAUGUGGAAGGAACUUGGCUUAAAAAUGGCCUGGCCAUUUCUGCCACAGAUCGAAUUCACAUAGUGAUUGACAAGCUGACCCAUAAGCUUCUCAUUGAAGAUGCUAAUAAAGAUGACGCUGGGGUGUAUUCCUUCACUGUUCCGACCCAAGACAUUUCCACCUCUGGAAAGCUUGUUGUUCAGACUAUUGACUUCUUGGCACCAUUAAAGGACAUCUCUUCAGUCGAGGGCACAAAGUCUGUCUUUGAGGCCAAGAUCACUGCGGCUGAUGUUAGCUCAGUGAAAUGGUACCACAAUGACAAACUUCUGACACCCAGCGACAGAGUGCAAAUGGUUGCCAAGGGAUCCAAACAACGUCUAGUAUUGAAUAGGACCUAUGCUUCUGAUGAAGGACAGUAUAAGAUGAUUGUGGGUAGAGUUGACUCAUCAUGCAGGCUGACAGUUGAAGGAAUCAGCAUCGUAAAGCACAUGGAGGACUGUGUUUGUACUGAGACCCAGAAUGUCACCUUUGAGGUUGAAGUAUCUCACCCUGGUAUUGAUGCUCUUUGGACUUUUAAGAAUCAACCUCUUAAAGCUAGUUCCAAGUACAAAAUUGAGGCUAAGGGCACCCGUUAUAGCCUCACUGUCAUCAAUGCCAUGAAGGACGAGGAGGGCAUGUACACAUUUGCUGCUGGAGAGAAGACGUCCAGUGCAAAUCUUGUUGUUUCAGGUGGUGCCAUAAGCAGACCCCUGCAAGAUUUGACAGUAGCGGAGUCCCAGACUGCUGAGCUGGAAUGUGAAGUGGCCAACCCCACUGCUCAGGGAAAGUGGUUUAAGGAUGGACAGCAUGUUGACAUCGGUGACAAUGUCAGGUGUGAAGAGAUAGGCACCGUAAGACGCCUUGUCAUUGCCAUCACAAGGCCACAGGAUAUUGGAGAGUACACCUACCAGGUGGCAAACUCCAAGACAUCAGCCAACCUGAGGGUUGAAGCUGUUAAGAUCAAGAAGACCAUCAAGAACCAAACUGUCACAGAAACACAGGAGGCAGUGUUCAGUCUUGAACUUACCCAUUUGGAUGUAAAGGGGUCCCAGUGGAUCAAGAACGGAGUGGAGAUUGUCCCAAGUGACAAAUAUGAGAUCACAGUAGAUGGCAUGAUUCACACCCUGAAAAUCAAGAAUUGCAACACCCAAGAUGAAUCAGUUUACGGAUUCAAACUUGGAAAGCUCUCCGCUAAUGCCAGACUUAAUGUUGAGACAAUCAAAAUAGUGAAGAAGCCUAAGGAUGUUACAUCACUGUUGGGCGCCACUGCCUCCUUUGAGCUGAGCCUCUCCCAUGAUGGCAUUCCAGUUAAAUGGAUGUUCAAGAACCAAGAGCUGAAGCCAAGUGCUAAUAUAAAGAUUCUCUCAGAGAGGAAAGCCCAUAAGCUGGUCAUUCAGAGUGUGGAAGAUAACAUGGCAGGAGAAUACAUUGCCAUGGUUGGACAUUUGCAAUGCGGCACACACCUCCAUGUUGAAUCUUUGAAGGUUACUAAGCCCAUGAAGAACAUAGAGGUUCCAGAGACCCAGGUGGCCACAUUUGAGUGUGAAGUCUCACAUUUCAACGUCCCAUCCACCUGGUUGAAAGAUGGAGUUGAGAUUGAGAUGAGUGAGAAGUUCAGCAUCGUGGUGCAGGGCAAGGUCCACCAACUCAAGAUCAUGAACACCAGCAGAGAUGAUGCCGCAGAGUACUCCUUUGUGUGUGGAAAUGACAGAGUCUCUGCCACUCUGACCGUUAGCCCCAUUCUGAUCACCUCCAUGCUCAAAGACCUCAAUGCCCAAGAGAAGGACACCAUUACAUUUGAGGUGACUGUCAACUAUGAGGGCAUCACCUACAAAUGGCUGAAGAAUGGCGUGGAGAUCCGAUCCACUGACAGAUGCCAGAUCCGUUCUAAACAGCUCACUCACACUCUCAGCAUCCGUAACGUGCACUUCGGUGAUAGCGCAGAGUAUAAGUUUGUGGCUGGAUCUGCUGAGACGUCAGCCAAGCUGUUUGUUGAGGCUCGCGUCAUUGAGUUCACAAAGCACAUCAAAGACAUCAAGGUCACUGAGAAGAAGAAGGCCAUUUUUGAAUGUGAGCUCUCUGAGCCUAAUGUUCAAGUCACAUGGAUGAAAGAUGGGCAGGAACUGGAGUUAUCUGACAGGUUCAAAGCUACCACAGACAAAUACAUACAGCGCUUGAUGAUCCAGACCACACGUAUGUCCGAUGCUGGCGAGUACUCUGUGGUUGCCGGCUCAAGCAUGUCUAAGGCUCACCUCACGGUUGAGGGCAAGGAUGUUCACAUCUCUGAGCCUGCAGAAAAGGACAUCACUGUGGUUGAGAAGCAGAGAGCCACAUUUGAGUUUGAAGUCAGUGAGGAUGAAAUCGAAGGCCGCUGGCUAAGAAAUGGAGCUGAGAUUCAAUUCUCUGUUGAGAAACGCUUCAACUAUGUCACUAUUAGAAAGCUGCAUCGCUUGACAAUCACUGAAACUUACAGGAAUGAUUCUGGGGAAUACACAUUUAUUGCCGGAAAGAACAGGAGCACAGUGAAUCUACAUGUCAACAUCCCCGAGCCUCCUCAGAUCGUCAGACACAUGGAGCCUUUGUCUGUUGAAGCUGGCAAACCUGCACGCUUCUCUGUGGAGGUGACUGGCAUCCCACAGCCCCAGGUCACCUGGUAUAAGAACUCUCAGGCACUGUCCUCUGGAUUCAAGUGCAAGUUCCACAGAGAGGGAAACGAAUACACUCUGCUGCUCAUUGAGGUUUUCCCAGAAGAUGCAGCUCAGUACACUUGUGAGGCUAGCAAUGACUAUGGUCAAGCCACCAGCUCCGCUGUACUCAAUGUGGAAGUUCCGGAAGUGGUUUCUCCAGAUGCUGCAGUUCCACUGUCCCCGCCUGUGAUAAUAUCUUCUAUACAUGAUGCCUUUGUUGAGGAGGGAGAUUCUGCAAGAUUCCAGUGCCGUGUGUCUGGAGAGGAUCUGACGGUUACUUGGUACUGCAAAGAUAAGGAGAUUAAGCAGUCUGACAUUUUCAAAAUGUCUCAGUAUGAUGAUUGCCUACAGCUGGAUAUUGCUAGAGCAUAUGCUGAGAAUGAAGGGGAAUACUCUUGUGUUGCCCGCAAUUCCUCAGGGAUGGUCUCUUGUUCUGCAGUUCUGAGAGUAAAUGUGCCAAAGGUGGAAGAGGAAUCCUCACAUGUGGAGGAAACCAGAGUGCCACCAGUUUUCAAGCAAAAAAUCCAAGACCUCGAAGCCAACGUUGGCAGCCCCGCGAAGUUUGAAUGCGAGACCGAAGAUGCACCUGACGUGACCUUCAAGUGGUUCAAAUCUGACUCUGAGAUCAGACAGAGCGACAAGUACAGGAUCAUCAGCCGCUAUACCACAUCAUCUCUGGAGCUCCUGAAUUCAACCAAAGCUGACAGUGGAGAAUACACCUGCCGUGCUUCCAACAGGCAUGGCAGUGAUAGCUGCAGCGCUAACCUGAACGUCACUGCGCCAGCACCUCCCUGCUUUACGAAGAAGCUGAGCAACAUUUCUGUCCCAAUGAGCCAUAAGCUACGACUUGAGUGCACAUUCACUGGAUCCCAAAAAAUGUUUGUCACAUGGUACAAGGAUGGAAAACAGCUUUAUGCCUCUUACAGAUACAACACCAAAGUAACAAAGAACUCUUGCAUUUUGGAAUGUCUGCAUGAGUGUUCCAAGGAAACUACCGGAAGAUACUCAUGUGAAAUUUCAAAUGCUUAUGGAACUGAUAUUUGUCACGCUGAAGUGGUCGCAGUCACAGAACCUGCCCGCUUUGUGACGAAGUUGACAGAUCUCUCUGUACCGAUGAGUAAAAAGUUAAAACUUGAAUGCACAUUCACUGGAGCUCCAAAAAUGUUUGUUACUUGGUACAAGGAUGGCAAGCAACUCUACGCAUCAUAUAGAUAUAAUACCAAAGUCACAUCGAACUCAUGUGUCUUGGAGUGUCUUCAUGAGUCCAACAAAGAAACCACUGGAAAAUACUCUUGUGAAGUUUCAAAUACGUAUGGAACCGAUAUCUGCCAUUGUCAAGUGACUGCAGUUACAGAACCUGCUCGCUUUGUGAAGAGGUUGAAGGACACAGUUUUCCCAAUGAGCAGCAGACUGAGGUUUGAGUGUACUUUCACCGGAGCUCCAAAGUUGUUUGUAACAUGGUACAAAGAUGGAAAGCAACUCUAUGCCUCAUACAGAUAUAACACAAGAGUGACAGAGAAUUCCUGCAUCUUGGAAUGCCUACAUGAAUGUAAUAGAGAGACUCCAGGAAAAUACUCUUGUGAAGUCUCAAAUUCCUUCGGAACUGAUAUCUGUCAUGCCAAUGUGACAACAGUUACAGAACCUGCCCGGUUUGAACAGAAGCUUAAGGAUAUGAAAAUUGCCAUGAGCAAGAAACUCAAGCUUGAGUGUACAUUCACUGGUGCUCCAAAAAUAUUUGCGACAUGGUACAAGGAUGGCAAACAGAUUUACGCCUCUUAUAGAUACAACACAGCAGUUGUUGGAAACUCCUGUUCUUUGGAAUGCCUACAUGAGUGCACUAAAGAGACUACAGGAAAAUACUCUUGUGAAGUGUCCAAUUCCUAUGGAACUGAUAUCUGCCAUGCUCAAGUGACUGUAGUUUCUGGACCUGCUCGAUUUGUGAAGAAGCUGUCCAACCAGUCCCUCCAAGAGGGCCAAAAAUUGAGACUUGAAUGCUCUUUCACUGGGAUGGAAAAAUUGUUUGUCACAUGGUACAAGGACGGCAAGCAGAUCUACGCUUCUUACAGAUACAACACCAAAGUCAUUGGAAACACUUGCGUCUUGGAAUGUCUUCAAGAGUGUGACAAAGACACUGCUGGAAGAUACUCUUGCGAAGUUACAAAUGAUGAUGGAAGUGAUAUCUGUCAUGCACAGGUCACCGUAGGGGCAGAUCGGAAAAUUCCUCCAACCUUCACUAAAAAACUCCCUGAGCACGUGAAGGACACUGUGGGCAAACUGGUGAAGCUUGAGGGUCGUGUAUCUGGAUCGCAGCCAUUGUCCGUCAGCUGGUACAAAGAUGACAGGGAAAUCUUUAGCUCGGACAACUGCGAAAUGAUCUUCAAGAGCAAUGUGGCUGUGCUAUGUAUUAAGAAAGCCCAAACCUCAGACAGUGGCACUUACACUUGCAGCGCUGCUAAUGAAGCUGGUACUGCUUCCUCCCAGGUGGUGAUCAGCAUCACAGAAGAACAAAGGCCACCUACCUUUGAAAUGACUCUUAAGCCUAUAACGGUGGAUGAGGGUGAGAGGCUCAGCUUUAGCUGCAAAGUCUUUGGCUCUCCGCCACUGAAAAUUCAGUGGAUGAAGGACAGAAGGGAGGUGACGUCUUCUGCCACCACCAAGAUCACAUUUAUAGAUGGUAUUGCCACGCUGACUAUCGACAGGGCAUCCAAAGCCGAUGCAGGAGACUACCUGUGCAAGGCAACCAACAAUGCUGGUAGCGAUUUCUCCAAGGCCAAGGCCACCAUCAAAGAAAAAGCAGGAGUAACUCCUGCGCCAGCUCAGGCCGCUGCCCCAGCACCUGUGGCAGCUAAGAAAUUGGACAACUUGUUCUUCAUUGAUGAACCAAAGAGUGUUCGCAUCACUGAGAAGGGCACUGCAACCUUCAUCGCAAAGGUUGGUGGUGAUCCUAUUCCUAACGUGAAAUGGAUGAAAGGCAAGUGGAGACAGAUGACUCACGGUGGUCGCAUCAGUAUUGAACAGAAGGGCCAAGAGGCCAAGCUUGAGAUCAGAGAAGCGACUAAAUCUGACUCUGGCCAGUAUAGAUGUGUAGCAUCUAAUAAACAUGGAGAAAUUGAGUGCAGCACUGACUUGAAUGUUGAUGAGAAGCAGGAAACUGCAGCUGAAAUGGUGAAACUGAAGAAGACACCAUCAAAGCAGAAAAGUCCAAAGGAAGACAAAGACAUUGACAUAGUUGAGUUAUUAAGAAAUGUAGAUCCAAAAGAGUAUGAAAAAUAUGCUCGCAUGUACGGCAUCACAGACUACCGCGGCCUUCUUCAGGCCAUUGAGCAGCUGAAAAAAGAGAGGGGUGAAGAAAGUGGAAGACCAGAACACAUGCGUGGCAGAGAAUCUGAUGAAGAUAUGGCUAAGCUUGUGUCUGAUUUGCAGAGGAGAAUGGAACAAACUGAACCCAUUACCCUGCUUAAUGACAUCAAAGAUCAGACAACCCAAGUUAAUAAGGAGGCCGUGUUUGAGUGUGAAAUUAAGAUCAACUACCCAGAAAUCACGCUAUCUUGGUACAAAGACACACAGAAGCUUGAAACCAGUAGUAAAUACGAGAUUAAAGCAGUGGGCGACCGCCAUUCGUUGAAGAUCAAGAACUGUCAGACGAGUGACCAGGGAAAUUACCGCGUCAUUUGUGGCCCACAUAUCUCCAGUGCCACACUGUCGGUGUUGGAGAGUGAUGAGUAUGAGCAGAAGCCUUCACCUGCUGAUCAAAUUCAAUUCACCAAACGCAUCCACAACAUUAUGGUGAAGGAACGCCAGGCUGCCACUUUUGAGUGCGAGCUGUCCUUUGACAAUGCCGUGGUCACAUGGUACAAAGACUCUUGGGAGCUUAAAGAGAGUCCAAAAUAUAACUUCAGGUGUGAGGGAAGACGUCACUUUAUGAUUAUUCGUAAUGUAACAUCUGAGGAUGAAGGCGUGUACUCGGUGAUCGCACGAUUGGAGCCUAUGGGUGAAGCUACAAGUACAGCUGAGCUUUAUCUGUCAGGCAAAGAAAUUGAUCUUGGAACAAUGUCUUAUGAUGUCCCUGAUACAACAAUACAAGUACCUGAGAUGUCAUCUAUUAUUAGUUUCAAAGAAGAAUCAUCUGAAUAUUAUUAUGAAGAAAAGCAUGAAGUAUCAGUAGAGUAUGAGAGUCGGACAGUCCAAGAAGAAAAAGUAAUCCAUGAAUUUUCAUCAAUUCAAGAACCGAAGAAGCCAGUGGAAGAAAUUGUUACCAAAAUUGUGGCGGAAAAAACUGAAGAAAAGCCGCAACAAGUGCCUGAGGUUUCCAAGAAACCCGAAGAGAAACCCGAAGCAUUUGCACCAGCUCUGUCUAAAGAACCCGAAGUCAGGAAGCCUGUAGAGGAAAAAGUCCCAUCAGUAAAGGUGGCCGAGAGAAAAGGACAGCCUGCACCUAAAGAUGUCUCAAAACCUGCAGUUCCUGUGGUGCCUGAGCCUAAACCACAGGUGCCACCUGAGCCUAAAGAGGUACCAGUGGCUGCACCUAAGCCAGAGCCAAAAGCUGAGCCUAAACCAGAACCAAAACCCGAGCCUAAACCAGAACCAAAACCUGAGCCAAAAGUUGCACCUGAGCCAGAGCCAAAGCUGAAGGCUGAACCAGAGCCAAAGCUGAAGCCUGAACCAGAGCCAGAGCUGAAGCCUGAGCCAGAGCCAAAGCUAAAGCCUGAACCAGAGCCAAAGCUGAAGCCUGAGCCAGAGCCAAAGCUGAAGCCUGAGCCAGAGCCAAAGCUGAAGCCUGAACCAGAGCCAGAGCUGAAGCCUGAACCUAAGCCUGCAGUUACAAAGAAGCCUGAGUCUCCCCCAGUCAAAGUAUCAGAUGUUCCCAAGAAGCCAGAAGUGGCACCACAACCAACUUUAGCUGCUAAAAAGGAAGAGGUUUUAACCCCAAAACCAACUAUGGCUCCUUCAAAAGCUCCUGAAGAGGCAAGGGCUACAGAAGCACCAAAAAUAGAGCCAGGCAAAAAAUCAGGCCUGCCGUUAUUUGCAGCUGAGCCACCAAGCGUGACACCAUCUAAACAAGAAGCAACUGUAUCAGUGAAGCCUGAACCAUCAAAACAAGAGUCUGCACUUAUCCUCCCUGCACCAGGAAGAAAAGAAGAGGCUAUACUUGUUUCCACAGAAAUGCCAACGGCAAAGCUGGUUAAAAGGCCAGAGCUUACACCAGCCUCUACAGAGCUGGUAAAAGUAGAACUGGCUAAAAUACCUGCACCCCCACAAGUUCCAAAAGUAGAACCAAGUAGAAUGCCUGAGCUAACACCAGUCUCUAAAGAACUGCCUACAGCAGAGCCAAGUAGACAACCAGAACCAAAAGUUGUUCCUCUGGCUCCCAAAGUUGAACCAGCUAGAAAAGCAGAGUUAACAAUCAGCCCUCCAGAGCCAACUAUGGCAAAGCCUGAACCAGUUCAGCACAGAGAACUGAUAGAGAAAGUGGUUGAAGUUAAACCUGCAGACCUGCCAUCUGAGAAACUGCCUGUGGCUAAACCUCGAAAGGAGAUGGAAAUGGCUCCUACAAGAGAGCCAGCUGUGGAGAAAAAGCCAACACCUGAGGCACCAAAGCCGAAAGUGGCUCCGCUUGAACAAAAAGUCUCUUCUCCUCAAGAGCCAACUAUUGAGAUGAAGCCAACACCUGAAGCGCCAAAGCCGACAGUGGGGCAAACUGAGCCAAAAGUCUCUCCUCCUCGAGAGCCGACUGUGGAGAAGAAGCCAACACUUGAGGCACCAAAGCCACCAGUGUCACCACUUGACCAAAAAGUGUCUCCUCCUCGAGAGCCAACUGUAGAGAAGCGCCCACCUGAGGCACCAAAGCCAACAGUUACUCCUCUUGAACAAAAAGUCUCUAUUCCCCAAGAGCCAACUGUGGAGAAGAAGCCAACACCUGAGGCACCAAAGCCGACUGUGGCACCAGUUGAACCAAAAGUCUCUCCUCCGCGAGAGCCAACUGUGGAGAAGAAGCCAACACCUGAAGCACCAAAGCCAACAGUGGCACCAGUUGAACCAAAGGUGUCUCCUCCUCAAGAGCCAACUGUGGAGAAGAAGCCAACACCUGAGGCACCAAAGCCAGCAGCAAUACCACUUGAACAAAAAGCCUCUCCCCCUCAAGACAAAGGCCCUGUUGCAGCUCCUGGACCUGUCCAGAAAGAUGGAAAACCAAAGGAAGAGCCAGCUGGAGGCAGAGGCAGAGGACUUAAACCAAGACAAACUCCUUCUCCUGGUGAUGCUGGACGUGGAAGAGGACUCAGACCUGGAGGUGGUGGUGACAAACCUCCAGCAGAGUCACCAUUUGCUUUCCAGCUCAAGGCUGUGCCUCUGAAGUUUGUGAAGGGGCUUCAAAAUAUUGUGUUGCAGGAAGCUGAGUCAAUAGGUUCUUCUGCUGUAUUUGAGUGCCAGAUUACUCCUUCUACUGCUGUUACCUCAUGGAUGAAAGAUGGAAGCAACCUGAGGGAGAGUCCAAAACACAAGUUUACCUCUGAUGGCAAAGACCGCAAACUGGCCAUCAUUGAUGUCCAGCUGUCCGACACAGGGGAGUACACGUGUAUUGCCAAGGUUGGGAAUAGAGAGACGACUUCUACUGCCAAACUUAUUGUAGAAGAGCUGCCUGUUAAAUUCACUAAGACUCUGGAGGAGGAGGUAACUGUCCUCAAAGGACAGCCCAUGUACUUGACCUGCGAGUUGAGCAAAGAACGAGAUGUGGUGUGGAAGAAAGAUGACAAGGAGCUGGAGCCACUCCCUGGCAAGGUUCAGAUCAAUAUUAUUGGUCUGCAGCAUGCUGUGACUAUCCAGGAUAUAAAAGAUGAUGAUGCUGGUGUUUAUACAUGCGAGUGUGAACAUCUCAAAACCCAAACGACUGUGAAAGUUAUUGAAGUCAUAAGAGACUGGUUGGUGAAACCUCUAAGGGACCAGCAUGUGAAACCAAAGGCCACUGCUGGCUUCAAGUGUGAGCUCAUCAAGGACACUCCCAACUGGAAGUGGUUAAAAGGAAAUGAAGAAAUUCCUACAGAACCAACAGAUAAGACAGAAGUCAAGAAGGAAGGAAAGGAGCUCAGUCUGACCAUUAAAAAUGCACAGCCAAGUGAUGUUGGAGAGUAUGCUGUGGAAGUUGAGGGCAAGCGUUAUGCUGCAAAACUAACACUUGGAGAGCGUGAAGCUGAGGUCCUGAAACCACUUGCUAGUGUGGAGGUGAAGGAGAAGGAGGAGGCUAACUUUGACACUGAAAUCUCUGAGGAUGAUGUUCCUGGUGAAUGGAAGCUUAAAGGGCAGGUUCUAACAAGAUCACCAACAUGUGACAUCAGAGCUGAGGGCACAAAGCGAUACCUUACUUUGAAAAAUGUCCAGCUUGAUCAAGCUGGUGAAGUUACAUACCAAGCUCUGAAUGCUGUGACGAGCGCUAUGCUCACAGUCAAAGAGGGUGAUGCACGCUUCACUGUCAAGUUGCAAGACUACACUGCAGUUGAAAAAGAUGAGGUCAGUCUUGACUGCGAGCUGAGCAAGGAUGUCCCUGUGAAGUGGUUCCAUAAUGAGAUUGAAAUUAAAGCCUCCAAGAUGAUUUCCAUGAGAUCAGAGGGUAAACGAAGAAUCCUCCACCUUAAGAAAGUGGAGCAGAAAGAUAAGGGAGUGUAUGUGUGCGACUGUGGAACAGACAAGACAUCAGCCAACGUUAACAUUGAAGCUCGCGACAUCAAGGUGGUCAGACCGAUGUAUGGUGUUGAACUGUUUGAUGGUGAGACUGCUCGUUUUGAAGUGGAAAUCUCAGAAGAUGAUGUCCAUGGCCAGUGGAAACUGAAGGGCGAAGUCCUCACUCCUUCACCUGAUGUUGAGAUCAUUGAGGAUGGUGCAAAACACAUUUUGACACUGUACAACUGCAGAGUUGCUCAGACUGGAGAGGUGGUUUUCCAGGGAGCAAAUGCUAAAUGUGCUGCAAACUUGAAAGUAAAAGAACUGCCAAUUACUUUCCUUACACCUUUGAGUGAUUUGCAAGUGUACGAGAAAGAUGAGGCAAGAUUUGAAUGUGAACUGUCAAGGGAAGCCAAGACCUUCCGCUGGCUGAAGGGAUCUCAAGAGUUAAAGGCCGAUGAUAAAUUUGAAAUCCUCUCAGAGGGAAAACGACACACUUUGGUUGUCAAAUCUGCAGCCUAUGACGAUGAGGCGAAGUACAUGUUUGAGGCUGAGGACAAGAGAACCGCUGGCAAACUCGUCAUCCAAGGUAUUCGUCUUGAGUUUGUCAGACCCAUCAAGGAUGUAACUGUGAAGGAACGUGAGACAGCAGAGUUCAGCAUUGAGCUUUCUCAUGAGAAAAUCCAAGUAACCUGGUACAAAAAUGAUGUGCGCCUGCAUCCAAGCAAAGUGGUGCACAUUUCAGAACAGGGCAAGAUCCACACUCUGUCCUUCAAGGAGGUCUCCAUUGAUGACACUUCACUCAUUAAAGUAGAGGCUCUUGGGAAGACCUGUGAGGCCAUGUUCACUGUGCUCGAGGGAGAAGCUUACUUCACCACCAAGCUGCAGGACUACACAGCUGUUGAGAAGGAUGAAGUAGUGCUGAUGUGUGAGCUGAGCAAACCCUCUGCUCAGGUCAAAUGGUUCAAAGAUGGCAAGGAAAUUACCCCGUCCAAGAAUGUCCUCAUCAAGGCAGAUGGAAAGAAGCGCAUUCUUACUGUGAAGAAGGCGGAGAAGGCCAACAUUGGUGAAUACGUCUGUGACUGUGGCUCUGACAAAACUGCUGCUAAGCUGAACAUCGAAGAGCGUGACAUUAAGAUUGUUCGUCCACUGUACAGCGUGGAGGUCACAGAGACUGAGACUGCUCGCUUUGAGACAGAGAUUUCUGAGGAGGAUGUGCAUGGUAACUGGAAACUGAAGGGAGAACCUCUGCACCAGUCUGCUGACUGUGAGAUUAAGGAAGAGGGCACCAAACACAUACUGAUCCUCUACAAUGUGCGCAUGGACAUGGCUGGUGCUGUGGACUUCAGUGCCGCCAAUGCUAAAUCUAGCGCUCAACUCAGAGUUAAAGCACGCACAGUUGGCCUGUUAAGACCUCUUCGGGAUGUUACUGUCACUGCUGGAGACACUGCAACCUUUGACUGCGAGCUUUCAUACGAGGGUAUCGUUGUUGAAUGGUUCGUUGGAACUACAAAGAUGGAGCCAAGUGACAGAGUGGUGACCAGAGCAGAUGGCAGACUGCACAGCUUGACUCUGAGAGACGUCAAGAUGACAGAGGCCGGGAAUGUGAAACUUACUGCAAAGGACUUCCAGACUCAGGCUAAACUUACUGUUAAUGAGCCACCAGUUGAAUUUAGCAAGCCCUUGGAGGACCAGACUGUUGAGGAGGAAGCCACAGCUGUUCUGGAGUGUGAACUUUCCAGAGAAAAAGCUGAUGUCAAGUGGUUCAGAGAUGGACAGGAAAUCCGUAAAACAAAGAAGUAUGAAAUGGUGGCUGAGGGCUGCAAGAGGAAACUGAUCAUCAAAGACUGUACUCUUGAUGAUUCCAAAACAUACACUUGUGAUGCCAAACACUUCAAGACCUCUGCUUUCCUGAAUGUUGAGCCUCCACAUGUUGAGUUCACCAAGCCUCUUCAUGAUGUUGAGGUCAGGGAGAAAGAGUCCGCUAAGUUUGAAUGUGAAGUUUCCCGUGAAAGUGCCAAGGUCAGAUGGUACAAGGAUGGCAUCGAGAUUAGAAAGGGGAAAAAAUAUGAGAUUAUUGCCAAGGGAGUACAGCGUAUUCUCAUCAUCAGCAAAGCAGUGUUUGAUGAUGAAGCUGAAUAUGAAUGUGACGCAAGGACCUCCAAAUCCUCUGGAAUGCUUACUGUUGUUGAGGAGGAGGCUAGAUUCACGAAGAACCUAUCCAAUCUUGAGGGCACUGAAACUGACAGCAUUAAGUUGAUCUGUGAGGUGUCCAAACCCAGUGCAGACGUCACAUGGUAUAAGGGAGACAAGGAACUGGCUGAGGGUGGAAGAUAUGAACAAGUUGCAGAUGGCAGGAAAAGAAUCCUCAUCAUCCAGGAUCUUCAUAUGGAUGAUGCUGGAGAAUACAACUGCAGAUUGGCCAGUUCAAAGACAUCAGCAACACUAAAGAUCAAUGAAUUGGCAGCUGAGUUUAUUGCCAGGCCCCAGAGCCAGGAGGCGGUUGAGGGUGACAAGGCUGAAUUUGUAUGCUCAGUGUCCAAAGACUCUUAUGAAGUUAAAUGGUUCCGUGGAAGUGAGGAGCUUCAAACUGGGGACAAGUAUGAGAUUGUUAGUGAAGGCAAGAGGAGAGCCCUCAUUGUCAAGAACUGUGAGCUGAAGGACGAAGGUGCCUUCACUGCCUGUAUCGGCUCUGUUAAGGCCUCUGCAGACUUAACUGUGAUUGAAAAAUUGAGGAUAAUCACUCCCAUCAAGGACACACAAAUGAAGGAAGGACAAGAAAUUGUUCUGAACUGUGAGGUUAAUUCAGAGGGGGCUAGGGCCAAGUGGCUGAAGAACGAUGAAACAAUGUUUGAGACUAGUAAGUUUAUCAUGGUCCAGAGAGACACUGUUUUCUCUCUGAGGAUCAAAGCUGCUGAGAAAUCAGAUGAGGGCACUUACACCAUCAUGCUAACCAACCAGCGUGGUGAACAGGCCAAAUGCUCCGCAAGCGUCAGUGUACUAGAGGAGGAGCUAAGGAUCAUAGAGCCUCUGGAAGACUGUGAAACAGAGGAGAAGAAGACAAUUAGCUUCACUUGCAAAGUAAACAGACCAAAUGUGACAGUUCAGUGGUUGAAGGCAGGUCAGGAGAUCACCUUCAGCAAACGUGUUGUGUACCGUGUGGACAAGAACAAACACACUUUGAUCAUCAAAGACUGCACCAUGGAUGAUGAGGGUGAAUACACUGCUGUUGCUGGAGUUAGCAAGUCUUCAGCUGAGCUAAUAAUCAGUGAGGCACCCACUGACUUCACUGCCCAACUCAGAGACCAGACUGUUACUGAAUUUGAGGAUGCACAGUUCACAUGCAAGGUGUCUAAGGAGAGGGCCACUGUUAAAUGGUACAAAAAUGGCCGUGAAAUCAGAGAAGGACCCAGAUAUCACAUGGAAAAGGAUGGAAAGACAUGCACACUGUAUAUUAAGGAGUGCCGACCUGAUGAUGAGUGUGAAUAUGCCUGUGGUGUGGAUGACAGAAGAUCCAGGGCUCGUCUUUUUGUUGAAGAGACCCCUGUGGAGAUUGUCAGACCCCCCACAGAUGUAUUCGAGCCCCCAGGCUCAGAUAUUGUGUUUGAGGUUGAACUGAACAAAGACAGAGUUGAGGUUAAAUGGAUGAGGAAUAACAUGAUCAUUAUUCAGGGUGACAAAUACCAGAUGCUCAGUGAGGGCAAGAUUCACCGUCUCCAAGUUUGUGAGGUCAGGCCUCGUGAUCAGGGCGAGUAUAGAGUCGUUGCCAAGGAUAAGGAUGCACGAGCCAAGCUUGAACUUGCAGCUGUGCCGAAAAUCAAGACCACAGACCAGAACCUAGUAACAGAUGCUGGAAAGCCAUUUGUGAUGACCGUUCCUUACGACGCUUACCCUCGUGCAGAGGCUGAAUGGUUCUUCAAUGACAUCAGUCUUCCAGUGCAAAACAUUGACACAUCCACUGACAGGACAGAGUACAGACUGAAAGACCCUAAAAAGUCUGACCAAGGCCGUUACAAAAUCGUCAUCAAGAAUAAGCAUGGUCAGGGAGAGGCUUUCAUCAAUCUGGAUGUUAUUGAUGUUCCUGGGCCUGUGAAAAACCUUAGAGUUGUUGACACUGCUGACGGUGAGGUCAGCCUGGCCUGGGAUGAACCUGAGAGUGAUGGCGGCAGCAAGAUCUUGGCCUACGUAGUAGAAAGACGCGAUGUCAAGCGCAAAUCCUGGACAUUGGCUACUGACCGUGCUGAUAUUCCAGAGUACUGUGUUGGUGGAUUGCAGAAGGACAACAUGUACUUCUUCCGUGUGUGUGCUCGUAACAGAGUCGGCAAUGGAGAGCCUGUCUCAACUGAUGAAGCUGUCCAGGCCAAGAAUAAAUUUGAUGUUCCUGACGCACCUCAGAAUGUCAUGGUUGGAAUUGUCAACAGGUUUGGUGCCACUGUAACCUGGGAACCACCUCUAUUUGAUGGUGGAUCUGAGAUUACGUCCUAUGUAAUUGAGCUCCGUGACAGGACAUCUGUGAAGUGGGAGGCUGCGUUGGUGGUCCGGGCAGAAGAUCGCACAGCAACACUCAAUGAUGUUAUUGAGAAUAAGGAGUACAUCUUCCGUGUUCGAGCUGAGAACAAAGCUGGAGUUGGCCGACCAAGCGCUGCCACUGAUCCUGUGAAGAUCAUGGAUCCCAUUGAGAGGCCAAGCCCACCAUUGAACUUCAGCUUCACAAAUGCAAACAGAGACUCUGUUCAGCUGACAUGGGAGACUCCACUCAGCAAUGGAGGAAGCAUGAUCACAGGCUACAUUAUUGAGAAAUGUGAAGAUGGAAUAUAUAACUGGCUGAGGUGCAAUGCCAGACUAUGCCCAGACCUUUAUUACAGGGUGUCUGGCUUGAAGUUCGGUCAGAAGUAUCACUACAGAGUAUCUGCAGAAAAUGCAGCUGGAGUUUCCGAUCCAUCUGAACAGAUUGGACCACUCUUGGCUGAUGAUCCACAUGUUGGUCCCACAAUGGAUCUGAGUGGAUUCAAAGAUGGUCUGGAAGUCAUUGUCCCCAAUGCUCUUACUAUCCGUGUACCUAUUACUGGAUAUCCCACUCCCAAAGCCAAGUGGACAUUUGGUGAUAAGGAGCUCACUGCAGGAGAUCGUGUGUCUAUGGUGACAAAGCCUACAUACACUGAAUUAGUCAUUGUUCCAAGUGUUCGUCCAGACAAAGGCACAUAUACACUGCACCUGGAGAAUGACGUGACUUCGGUCUCUGGAGAAAUUGAAGUGAAUGUUAUUGCAUCUCCAAGUGCACCCAAAGACUUCAAGGUCGCAGAGGUGACUAGACAUCAUGUUCACCUCAUGUGGGAGGCACCAGAGCAUGAUGGAGGCAGCCCCGUAAUUGGUUAUAAUAUUGAGAAGAGAGAGGUGUCUCGCAAGACCUGGGUCAAGGUGAUGUCAGGCGUGCAGGACCUUGAGUACACAGUCACAGACGUAAUCGAGGGCAAGGAGUACUUGUUUAGUGUAACAGCCUCUAACAAAUGCGGUCCAGGAGAACCUGCAUAUAUCGAUGAGCCAGUGAACGUGUCUUCUCCAGCCACUGUGCCAGACCCACCAGAAAACCUGAAAUGGAGAGACAAAUCUGCAAAGGGUAUCUUCUUGCUCUGGGAACCCCCCAGAUAUGAUGGCGGGGCACCUAUUAAGGGAUAUAUUGUUGAUAAGUGUCAGCGUGGCACUGACAAAUGGGAAGCCUGUGGAGAGCCAAUGCCUGAGCUGAAGUUCCAGGUGACAGGCCUCCUUGAGGGACAGUGGUAUGCCUAUCGCGUAAGAGCAGUGAACAGACUUGGAGCUAGCAGACCAUGUAAAGCCACAGAUGAGAUUCUUGCUGUUGAUCCUAAAGAGGCACCAGUGAUUCAGCUGGAUGUAAAACUGCUGGCUGGCUUGACUGCCAAGGCUGGCACUAAGAUUGACCUUCCAGCAGAUGUGUUUGGAAAGCCAGAUCCCAGAGUCAAAUGGACCAAGGCUGACCUCGUCCUUAAACCAGAUGAGAGAAUCACUAUUGAAACAAAGCCUGGACACUCUACACUUUCUGUUUCUAAGACGACCAGGUCUGACACAGCCACCUACAUCAUCGAGGCAGUUAAUACUUGCGGUCGUGCCACUGCAACAGUUGAUGUCAACAUUCUUGACAAGCCUGGUCCCCCAGCUGCUUUUGAUAUUACUGACAUCACAAAUGAGUCUUGCUGCUUGGCUUGGAAUGCCCCCAGAGAUGACGGUGGUUCUCCUGUGACCAACUACAUUGUGGAAAUGAGACCCUUGGAAAAAGAGGAGUGGCAGAAACUUUCUACAACAGUCAAACAAACCACAUUUAAAGCCUGCAAACUGGUUUCUAUGAAAGAGUACGUUUUUAGGGUGUCUGCUGAGAACCAGUAUGGCAUUGGUGCACCUGCAGAGCACGUUCCAAUUGUUGCCAAGUAUUCCUUUGACCCCCCUGGUGCUCCAACUAGGGUACAGCCCUCUGAUAUCUCAAGGGAUGCAGUCACUUUGACCUGGUAUGAGCCUGAUGAAGAUGGUGGAAGUCCCAUCACUGGCUACUGGGUUGAAAGGUUUGAUCCAGAAAGUGACAAAUGGAUCAAAUGCAACAAGCUGCCAGUCAGGGACACUACACUCAGAGUGAAGGGAUUGCCAACCAAGAAGAAGUGCAGAUUCCGUGUUCUGGCUGAGAACCUUGCAGGACCUGGAAAGCCAAGUGCUGAGACUGACCCUGUCCUGAUUAAGGACCCAAUUGAUCCUCCAUGGGCUCCUGGCAAACCGUUCAUCAGAGACAUUGCUAAGACAUCUGCAUUCCUGCAAUGGACUAGACCAGAGCAUGACGGUGGUGCUAAAAUUCAGUCCUACAUUAUUGAGCUCCUCAAGAGUGGAACUGAAGAAUGGGUCCGUGUGGCCGAGGAUGUCCUCACGACAGAGCACUUGCUCAAGGGACUGAUGGAGAAGCAGGAGUACUCCUUCCGUGUCAAAGCUGUGAAUGUCGCUGGGGAAAGUGAACCCAGUGAUCCAAGUGAUCCUGUUGUGUGCAAGGAAAGACUCUAUCCUCCAUCUCCACCACGCUGGCUUGAGGUAGUCAACAUUUCAAAGAUCGACUGUGAACUGAAAUGGACUGAACCGGAAAGUGAUGGUGGCUCUCCGAUUACCAACUAUGUAGUUGAAAAAAGAGAUGUCAGACGCUGGAGCUGGCAGACAGUGGACACCACAGUAAAAGACACAAAGUACACUGUCACUCCACUUAAUGAGGGAACUCUCUAUGUUUUCCGUGUGGCAGCUCAAAAUGCGGUGGGUAUGAGCGAUUUCUAUGAGAUGGAGGACUCUGUGCUGGCGAAGGACACUUUCACUACUCCUGGACCUCCUUAUGCUUUGACAGUAGUUGAAGUGUCCAAGAGACAUGUUGACCUGAAGUGGGAGCCUCCCAAAAGUGAUGGUGGAAGACCAAUCACAAAAUAUGUUAUUGAGAAGAAGGAGAAAGUGGGCACCCGCUGGUUAAAGUCUGGAAAGACAGCUGGCCCUGAGUGCAAAUACAGGGUGACUGAUGUUGAUGAAGGUUCUGAGGUGCAAUUUCAGGUCCGUGCUGAAAACGAGGCUGGAGUUGGCAACCCAAGUGAACCCACAGAAAUCAUUACCAUUGAAGACCCUAUUAGUCCACCUUCUCCUCCACUUGAGGUUAAGAUUGUUGAUGCCACCAGAGAGCAUAUCAACAUCACAUGGAAGGCACCAGAGAAGAAUGGGGGAAGUCCUGUUACUGGAUAUCAUGUUGAGCUGGCUGAGGCUGGCACAGAGAAGUGGAUGAGAAUAAAUGCACGUCCCAUCAAAGAGCUCAAGUUCAAGGCAGAAGAUGGCGUAAUUCCUGAGAAACAGUACAUUCUCAGAGUCCGUGCCAUCAACGCUGUUGGAGUCAGUGAUCCCUCUGAAGUAUCCGACCCGGUCUUUGCUAAAGACCCUGACUGUGUGCCAACCAUCGAUUUGCAGACUCAAGAUGUUGUUAUUGUUGAGGGUGAGAAAAUGCAUCUAAAGAUCCCAUACAGAGCAAUUCCCAAACCAUCAAUGGUCUGGAAGAAGGAUGAAACAGAACUGAAAACUGGUGACAGGCUCACAUUGACAUGUGAACUCAACAGUGUUCACCUUGAGCUCCUCAAAUGCAAGCAUGAAGAUGCUGGUGUCUACACUGUCACUUUAGAGAACAGUCUGGGUUCUGCCACUGGAACAGUUAAUGUUAAAGUGAUUGGUCUUCCGGGACAAUGUAAGAGCAUUUCUCCAAGUGAAGUCACCAAGAACUCCUGCACAAUUUCAUGGGAACCACCAGAGAGUGAUGGUGGUAGCCCAAUCCUGCAUUAUGUACUGGAGCGCAGAGAGGCUCAGAAGAAGACAUUUUUGCCUGUGAUGUCUGGAAUCAAUGUUUUGAGCUUUGUGGUCAAGGACCUAAUGCUGAAUGGUGAAUAUUACUUCAGAGUAAAGGCUGUUAACAGAAUUGGUUGUGGUGAAUAUCUUGAGCUUCGCAACCCUGUAAUCUCAGAGGAGCAGAAGCAGCGACCUGACCCACCGAUUGAUGUGGAGGGACACAACCCUACCUCUCAGUCCAUUACUGUUACAUGGAAGGCACCACCCUAUGAUGGUGGUUGCCCAAUUACUGGCUAUAUUCUUGAGAAAAUUGAGAAGGAUGGUGAUAGAUUUGAGAGAUGUGUUCCAAAUCUGGUGCCUGGAUUUUCCUACACCAUCACUGGCUUAACAGAAGGAAAGGAAUACCAGUUCCGUGUACGUGCGGAGAAUGUUGCUGGAGAAAGUGACCCGUCCCGCAGCACACCCCUGAUUGCAGCUGCUGAUCCUGUUGACCCGCCAAAGGUAUCACUGCAUGCACGCAUCGCAUCUGGCCUCAGUGUAAGGAAAGGUGAAGAGAUUAGACUGGAUGCCAACAUUUCAGGAUCUCCAUACCCUACUGUGACAUGGCUUAGGAAUGAUGAGAAUGUCCAGAAGAUUGUUAAGAAGAAGCCAGAGCUCUUUGUAAGAAAGAAGAAGAAAACCAAGGCUAUUCAUCCUGAACCUGAGGAGGAGUUCCAUCCUCCACUUCCAGAUCGUCUGUCCUUUGACCAGAGCAAGAGAGGCGAGACUGCAAUGAUGGUGCGUGAUGCCAUUAGAAUUGACCAUGGACUUUUCACCAUCAGGGUUGAGAAUGUCCAUGGUUUUGCAACUGCAUCUUGCGAUGUCAAUGUUCUUGAUAAACCAGGUCCACCAGUGAACUUUGGAUUUGAUGAGAUAAGGAACAACUCUGUCACUUGCACAUGGGAAGCACCCCUUGAUGAUGGUGGCAGUGAGAUCAUCAACUACAUCCUAGAGAAGAAAGACAACACCACUGAUGAAAUUGGUUGGGUCACUGUUACCUCAACCCAUAAAGGAUAUAACUAUCCUGUGACCAAAUUAAUUGAAGGAAAGGAGUACAUCUUCAGAGUCAGGGCUGAAAACAAGUUUGGCUCUGGACCACCAUGCUAUUCUGAGCCACUUGUUGCUAAGAAUCAAUUCGAUCCUCCUGAUGCUCCUAACAUGCCACGAAUUGGAGAAGUCACUGCCAGCAGUGUUGCUCUUUCUUGGCAUGAGCCUAAGGACAAUGGUAGCCCCAUCCUAGGUUACUGGAUUGAGAGACGUGAAGUCAACAGCAAAUACUGGACCAGAGUCAAUCGCAACCUUCUCAGCUCACUAGCAGUCAAGGUUGAGGGUCUCAUGGAAGGCCUGGUUUAUGUCUUCAGGGUCUGUGCUGAGAAUCUUGCUGGCCCUGGAGAAUUCAGUGUCCCAACUGAUCCUGUGGUUGCAAUGGAUGCCAUCAUGCCACCUGGCCCACCCGUGCCAAGAAUUGUCGAUACUACAAAUACAACAGUUGAUAUUGCCUGGGUUCCUCCAUUGUACAAUGGUGGUGGAGAUAUUCUAGGGUAUCACGUUGAACGCUGUAUUGUGGGAGAAAAGGAUUGGGUCCGCAGUACUGAGUUCAGAUGCAAGGAGUGCAAGUACACUUUGACUGGACUGACUGAGGGAGCGGAUUAUUACAUUCGUGUAUAUGCUGUAAAUGAAGCUGGCCAUGGAGUCCCUGGAAUGACUGAACCUGUUCAAGUAAAGGAACCUGAACUGGCCCCAGGAAUUGAGUUUGAUAUCUCUGUGAGGAAUGGAGUACUUAUAAAAGCUGGAGAGACUCUGCGUAUACCAGCUUAUGUUAUUGGCAGACCCAUACCAGAGGUUAAAUGGACAAAAGAUGAUGCUGAACCUGACAAGGAGCGGGUUGUUAUUGAAACUGUUGAAAAAUGCAGCACUCUGAGCAUCAAGAAUGCCUUGAGAACUGACCAUGGCAAAUAUGAGAUCACAGGAACAAACUCCAGUGGAACAAAAUCUGCUUUUAUCAGGGUUGAUGUAAUGGAUGUUCCUGGACCUGUAGUUGACCUUAAAACAGUCCAUGUCAGCAAGAAGAUGAUCUCACUGACCUGGUCUGAUCCUGUUGAUAAUGGUGGAAGUGAUAUUAUGGGCUAUGUCGUUGAAAGAAAGGAUGCCAAGAUGCACAUAUACAGGCAACCUUUGGAAACUGCUUCUUGCAAAUGUGACAUAGUUGGUCUUCUUGAUGGUGAGGAAUAUAUGUUCCGUGUAGUUGCAAGGAACAAGUUUGGUCUUGGUGCCCCUGUUGAACUUGGACCUGUUCUUGCAGUGGAUCCUAAAGGUGUUCCAUCCGCCCCAGAAAAGCUUCACCACACUGCAAGGACCAAGAACACUGUAACACUUGCUUGGCAACCUCCUCGCAGUGAUGGAGGUGCUCCAAUCAGAGGCUAUUAUGUUGAAAAGAAGAGAGAAGACAGUGAUGAAUUCGAUGUUGCCAAUCGUCAAAUCUGCAAGGAGCCCACAAUUACACUGGAAAAUCUGAAUGAAAACAUGACAUAUGACUUCAGAGUAAAAGCUGUCAAUGAAGUUGGUGAUGGUGAACUGUCCAGGCCAAUCACUGUCCAUAUUCAAGACGAUGAAUUGACCCCAACUGUGACGCUGUUGAAGUACUUUAAGAGUAAUGCCAUAAUUGUCAAGAAAGGAGCAGCUAUUGAAAUCCCUGCUGAAAUUGUUGGUCUCCCAUUGCCCACCUAUGAGUGGACAAAGAAUGGAGUUGUUCUUGACAAAUCCACAGAGACCAUGACACUUGAAUCAGAGGAGAUCAACAGACAAACAAUUAACACCAAGAUUGCUAUCCCUGAAACUGUGAGACAAGACGCCGGCUCAUACAAGCUAGCUGCCACAAAUAAAUACGGAACAGGUCAACAAAUCAUCAGAGUUGAGAUUUUGGAUCGUCCAUCACCACCACGGAACAUUGUGGUCUCUGAUAUCAAAGCAGAGUCUUGCUACCUCACAUGGGAUGCUCCAGAGGACAAUGGAGGAAGUGACCUCACUAACUAUAUUAUUGAGAAGAGGGAUGCCAGCAAGAAGAAGUCUGACUGGGAGCAGCUGACAUGCUGCAUCAUAGACAGGCGUUAUGGGGUGUACAAGCUCGAGGCUUUUGGCACUUACCAGUUCCAGAUCAAAGCUGAGAACAAGUUUGGAGUCAGUGAUGGGUGUGAAUCAGAAAAAGUUGUCCUCAAGGAUCCAUAUGGUCUUCCUGGCCCACCUCAAAAACCAAGAAUCAUUGGACACACUCGCUCAUCUAUGCUAGUAGCAUGGGACCCUCCAAAGGACAAUGGUGGAGCAACUAUUCAGGGCUACUGGCUUGAGAAGAGAGAAAGGGGGGCUGUGUACUGGAGUCGUGUUAACAGGGCUCCUGUCACAAAACCAGCUGUUAAGGGCUUGGAGUACAAUGUGCUGCGGCUUAUCGAAGGUAUUGAGUACCAGUUCCGUGUGAUGGCUCAAAAUGCUGCUGGCAUUGGUCCACCAAGCGAAGCAACAGAAUGUGUUUUCGCCCUCGAUCGAAGAAAUCCGCCAGGCCAGCCACCUGCACCUGAGGUUAAAGACAAGACAUCUAGCAGUGUGACUCUUGGCUGGGUCCCACCAGAGAAGGAUGGUGGAACCCCAAUCAAAGGUUACAUUGUUGAGGUCCAGGAUGAGGGCUCGGUAGAGUGGAGAAGAGUGAAUCAGCCUGAUAAGCUGAUUUUAACAACUGCAUAUACCGUGUCAGGGCUCAAAGAAAAUAAGAAAUGUAGAUUCAGGAUUGUUGCUGUCAAUGCUGCUGGCGAGUCAGAACCAAGUCCCAGAACUUCUGAUACCAUUAUAAAGGAUAUCCUGGAGGAACCCGUUAUUACACUUGGAGUCAAGGCUCAGGAACUUCUCUCUUGUCGUGCUGGAACAACAAUCAGAAUCCCAGUCACUGUAUCAGGCAGGCCUAUUCCAAAGGUCACAUGGGAAUUUGAUGGAACUGCCACAACAGAAAAGAAAAAUGAGCUGCACAAUCUUCCAGUGGAUUCAGAGAUUUCAUCAACUGAUACCACUUCAGAAGUGACUAUCCCUGAGAGUAAGUUCAAACACUCUGGACGGUACAUCAUUACUGCUUCUAACCCAGCUGCCACAAAAACGCUCAAAGUCCGUGUCACUGUCCUGGAUUUCCCUGGGAAACCUAAAGAGCUCAAAAUUACUGACAUCACAAGAAGUACCUGCAGACUUACAUGGAAGCCCCCAGAUAAUGAUGGCGGUGAGCGGAUAAAGAGCUACUACAUUGAGAAGAAGACAGUUGAAGGAAAAGCCUGGACAAAGGUCAACCCAGCCUGUGCCAGUCAGUCCUUUGUAGUUCCAGACCUUAUUGAAGGACAAGACUAUUUGUUCCGUAUACGAGCUGAGAAUAGCUUUGGUCUGGGACCUGCACUAGAAACCUUCCAGAGGACUAGGGCAAAGGAACCCAUCCAUCCUCCUGAUGCUCCCACUAGAGUCAAAAUCAUUGAUGUGUCCAAGGGAACAGUGACUCUGAAAUGGAAGCCACCCAAAAAUGAUGGUGGGUCGCCUGUAACGCAUUACAUUGUUGAACGCCUCUGGUGGGACUCCAGUGGAGAGCAAAAAGAGUCUUGGAGACAGUGCAAUAGACGUGACAUUGACACCACCACCUUCAAAGUUGAGGACCUCCAUGAGGGUGCUGAGUAUGAAUUUCGUGUCAAGGCUGUAAAUGAAGUUGGUGCAGGCAGACCAUCCUCUACUGCUGGACCUAUCAUUGUUAAGGACCAGACAAGAGCACCUUCCAUUGUACUUGAAGAGUUCAUGGAAGUUGAACAGGGCACAGAUAUUAACAUUGUUGCUAAAAUCAAGGGAUGUCCAUUCCCCACCCUUACUUGGCACAAGGCCCCACCCCACAAAAGUGAUGACAAGGUUGAAGUGGUUUAUGAUGAACAUAUUAACAAGCUUGUGUCUGAUGAUAGCUGUACACUGCUGAUCCAGCAGGGCAAACGCUCAGACACUGGUCUCUAUACACUUACUGCCAGCAACAGCCUAGGCACAGUCUCCAAGGAGAUGAGACUUAAUGUUCUAGGACUUCCUGGACCUCCUUCUGCACCAAUUAAAUUUGAGGAGAUACAUGCUGAACAGAUUACCCUGUCAUGGCUGCCUCCUAUAGAUGAUGGAGGUUCCAAAAUCACAAACUAUACCAUUGAGAGGCGUGUUUCCAAUAGGAAAUCAUGGAUUCCUAUCCCUGGUGCACCCAAAGAGCGUAUCUUCACAAUUGAGGGUCUGAUGCCAGGCCAUGAGUAUGUGUUCCGCAUCAGGGCUCAGAAUAAAUAUGGAGUUGGCGAUCCACUUGACAGUGAGCCAGAGGUUGCUAGGGAUAUUUUCACUAUCCCUGGCCAGUGCGAGAAGCCAACCCUCUCAAGUAUUACAAUGGACUCCAUGACUGUGAACUGGGAGGAACCAGACACAGAUGGUGGUAGUCCAAUUACUGGGUACUGGCUUGAGCGCAAAGAGACCACAUCAAAGCGCUGGAACAGAGUAACCCGUGACCCAAUCAGGCCAAUGCCUCUUGGUGUGUCCUACAAUGUCACAGGCCUCAUUGAAGGAUCUCAAUACCUGUUCCGUGUGACUGCAAUCAAUGCAGCAGGAUGUGGGCCUCCAAGUUUGCCAUCUGACCCAACAUUUGCCAGAGAUCCAAUUGCUCCACCUUCACCACCAACCCCCAAAAUUACUGACUGGACAAAGAAUACAGUUGAUUUGGAAUGGAUUCCACCUCUAAAAGAUGGGGGAUCGAAAAUCAUGGGCUACUAUGUUGAAUACAAAGAAGAAGGCACAGACGCCUGGGUUAAGGCCAAAGAAAAAGAAGUUAGAGGAAGACAAUUUGUAAUCACUGGCUUGAAAGAGAAUGGAUUUUACAAGUUUAGAGUUUUGGCAUUCAAUGCUGCUGGGCUGAGCGAGCCAGGAGAAGUUGCUGAAGUUCUCGAAAUGAAAGAAAGGAUAAUUCCCCCAGUGCUUGAGCUGGACAUCUCAAUGAAAGAGAGGAUGGUUUUCCAUGCCGGUGGUGUUAUCCGCAUCCUAGCCUAUGUGUCAGGCCUGCCUUGCCCAGCAAUAACAUGGAGCAGAGAUGAUGCUGCUGUCCCACCAGAGGCUGUUGUUGAGACGACAUCAAUCAGCACCUCAUUAGUAAUUAAGAAUUGCACCAGAAAGCAACAAGGUGUUUAUAGCCUAGUAGCAAAAAAUGCUGGAGGAGAGGUGAAGAGAACUGUCAUUAUUGAUAUUCUUGAUGUCCCUGGUCCAGUGGGCAUACCUUUUACAGCAGAUAAUCUUACCAUUGACUCUUGCAAACUGACUUGGUUCUUCCCUGAGGAUGAUGGUGGUUCUCCCAUAUCUAACUUCAUAAUUGAAAAACGUGAAUCGGAGCGCAAGUUCUGGACACCAUGCUCCUAUAGUGCGGCCAGACAAAGUGGUGUGGUUUCUAAUCUGACUUUAGGAAAAGGAUAUUUCUUCAGAGUUGCAGCUGAAAAUGCAGUCGGAAUUGGUCCAUUCCGUGAAACUGCAUGUGAAAUCAUUGUUAAGGAACGUCUCACUGUACCAGACCGUCCAGAGGAGCUUGAGGUCACCGCUGUCACUAAAGACUACAUUAGUGUAGCAUGGAAACCACCAAAGAAUGAUGGAGGAUGUGAAGUGACCUCUUACAUCCUGGAGGCACGCCCAAUUGGCAAGGACAAGUUUAUAAGAUUGACCAAGGAAAGGCUUAUGGACAGGAAAUUCACAUACGAUGGUCUCCGAGAGGGUGACUCCUAUGAAUUCCGUGUCAGUGCAGUAAAUGAAAUUGGUCAGGGCAAGCCAUCCUUCAGCACCAAACCAAUCCUGUGCAAAGAUGAGCUUGAGCCCCCAACUAUUGAACUAGACUUCCGUGACAAGCUUAUUAUCCGUGUUGGUGAAAGCUUUGCACUGCAAGGACGCUAUUCAGGAAAGCCAGCUCCUUCUAUCACAUGGACAAGGGAUGAUGAAGAGCUGAAAGCAGAUCAACAUGUUCAGUUCAAGAAUACUUUAACCACAAUGUGCCUUGGUAUUAUCAAGGCUCAGCGUGGGCACAGUGGCAGAUAUUGUGUCACAGUUGAGAACUGCACUGGAGCUCGCAAGGGCAUUUGCAAUGUCAUUGUUGUUGACCGCCCAACACCGCCUGAAGGUCCGGUAAUCUUUGAGGAUGUUCACAGAGAUCAUAUGGUAAUUUCUUGGAAGCCUCCUCUUGAUAAUGGUGGAUGUGAAAUUUCCAACUACAUCAUUGAGAAGAGAGACACUAACAGGGACAUGUGGACCACUGUAACAUCUGCCACCACAAAAACCACCUGUAAAGUGCCCAAACUUGUGGAAGGUCGUGAAUACAUCAUGAGAAUAAGUGCUGAGAAUAUGUACGGCAUCAGUGACCCACUGGAGUCUGAAGAGAUGAAGGCUAAGGAUCGCUUCAGAGUACCCGAGGCACCUGAGCAGCCUACAGUUAGAGAUGUUUAUCAUGACUCCGCCCUGGUGCUUUGGAAUCGUCCUCGUGAUGGUGGCAAGCCAAUUACAGAAUACAUCUUGGAAAAGAAGGAGCCUUCAGCUAAGAGAUGGUCUCGUGUGACUAGAGAUCAUAUCUACCCUGCUACCCAGUACAGGGUACAAGAUCUCAUUGAAGGAUGUGAAUAUGAAUUCCGUGUCAUAGCAGAGAAUGAAAUGGGUACUGGGGACCCAAGCCCUCCAUCUAAACCUGUUCUAGCUAAGGAUCCUAUCGUUCUGCCCAGUCCACCUGUGCUUCCCGAGGUCAUUGACAAAACAAAGGAUUCUGUUAGUUUGUCAUGGCGUGUUCCUCGCCAUGAUGGCAAAGGCAAGAUCUUUGGAUACCUUAUUGAGUAUCAGAAGCCUGGGGCAAUUGAAUGGAUACAGGCCAACGAGACUCCUGAGUCAUGCCCAGACACCAAGUUUGUUGUGAAAAACCUACCAGAGGGUGGAGAAUUUAGUUUCAGGAUCAUGGCUGUGAAUGCAGCUGGAAAAUCUGAACCUGCUUACGUAAAAGAACCAGUUAAAGUGCAUGACAGACUUGAGGAACCAGAGUUACUGCUGGAUGCCAAUAUGUCACGUGACCAUCUUGCAAUGAUUGGAACAGAUAUCACACUAAGUGCUGUGAUUAAGGGCAUGCCAAUCCCCACUGUGUCUUGGAAAAAGAAUGAUGGAGAGGUUCCCUCUCAUUGUGUUAUUGAAGUCACAACAAGAGGAAGUAAACUUCACAUUAAGAAAAGCACCCGUGCCGACUGUGGCAGCUAUACCAUAACAGUUCAAAAUGCAGCUGGAUCAAAGACAGCGACAUGCACAGUGCUUGUUCUGGAUAAACCUGGACCUCCACGUAAUCUUACCGUCUCUGAGGUAACAAGUGAAUCGGCAUACCUAACCUGGCAAAAGCCAGAGGAUGAUGGUGGUGCUGUCAUCUCUCACUAUGUUGUGGAGAAAAAAGAUGUUGCUGCUGAGCAGUGGGUCCCAGUCUGUGCCUCAUCCAAGAAGCUUAGCCUCAUGGCUCUAUAUCUGAUGGAGGGUAUUCAGUAUUUAUUCCGUGUCGCAGCUGAGAAUCAGUUUGGCAGAAGUGCAUAUAUUCAAACCAGCAAGCCUAUCAAAGCAGUUGAUCCUCUAUAUCCCCCUGGCCCUCCUAAGAAUUUACAUCAUGUAGAUGCAGAAAAAACUGAAGUAUGGCUUGAGUGGGAGUGGCCUGAACGUACUGGUGGAAGUGAAGUAACUGGAUUUAUUGUUGAGUAUCAAGAAGAGGGAGUUCCUGAUUGGGUCAACUUCAAAACUGUCAGCAAUGCUCACUGCCAUGUCACUGGACUUGUAGAGGGAAAGACCUACAGGUUCCGCGUGAAAUCACAAAAUGCUAUUGGCAUUAGCCGACCAGACACCAGUGUACCAAUUACUUGCCAGGAGAAGACUUUGGCACCAUCUAUUGAAGUUGAUGUGAAACUCAUUGAGGGCCUUGUUGUGAAGGCUGGAAGCACCAUUGUGCUGCCUGCAGUCAUGAAAGGAAUACCAGUCCCAACAGCCAAGUGGCUGAGUGAUGGCAAUGAGCUCAAAACUGAAGGCAAAUACAAGAUUGAUACUGAAGGAACUUCAACAGUUCUAAGCAUCAGUGAAUGUGCCAGGACUGAUGGUGGAGAAUAUAUCCUUACUGUUUCAAAUCCUGCAGGAAGCAAGUCAGUUGCUCUUCAUGUAACAGUACUUGAUCUCCCAGGUCCUCCAGUUGGCCCUGUCAACAUCCUUGAGGUUACACCUGAUCACAUGAUUAUCCAGUGGCGUCCACCUAAAGAUGAUGGUGGUACACCUUUGAUGAAUUACAUUGUGGAAAAGAAGGAUGUCAAGAAGCCUUGGGAGCCAUGGUCUGUUGUGAGUUCGGGAAGCCUAAGCACAAAAGCUAAGAUUCCACGUUUAGAGAAGGGUCGUGAAUAUGUUGUACGCAUUCGUGCUGAGAACAAGAUCGGCAUUGGUGCUCCCCUCGAAAGUCCUCCAACUAUUGCCAAGCAUAUGUUUAAUCCCCCUGGCCCCCCAGGACCACCAACAUGUUCAGAUAUCACAGAAAAUGCUGUGACAGUGUCAUGGACUCCACCAGAUACUGAUGGUGGAAGUCCAGUCAGUGGUUACAUUGUAGAACGCAGGGAGAUGACUGGUAAAUGGAUUCGUGUAAAUAAAACACCAGUCUUGGAUGUUAGAUACCGAGUCUCUGGUCUGUUUGAGGGCAACAGCUAUGAAUUCAGAAUUUUUGCUGAGAAUGUUGCUGGUAUUAGCAAGCCAUCCUAUCCUUCGGACCCGAUGAGAGCCGCACGCCCAAUUACUCCUCCAGGACCUCCAAGUAAUCUAAAAUUGAAAGACUGGAGCAAGUCAUAUGCAGAUCUGGUGUGGACCAAGCCUAGCAGAGAUGGAGGCAGCCCUGUUUUAGGCUACGUUGUUGAGUGCCAGAAAUCAGGCUCUGCAAAGUGGGACAGAAUCAAUAAGGAUCUCAUCAAGCCAUGUGCAUUCAGAGUACCAGGCCUUAUUGAAGGUACAGAGUACAGAUUCCGCAUUAGAGCAUCUAACAAGGCUGGGGAUGGAGAGCCAAGAGAGCUAGCAGAGACCGUGCUUGCCAAGGACAUCCUUGUUCCUCCAGAGGUAACUGUUGAUGUUGCCUGCCGUGACCUUGUAACUGUUCGGGCAGGACAGAUCAUUAGCCUUGUGGCCCGAGUUAAAGGUAGACCCGAUCCUGAAAUUACCUGGACUAAGGAUGCAAGAGCUUUAGGCAGAGACAAACGCACAGAGAUGAUCAACAACUUCCCAAUUGUUGAACUAGUCAUUCAGGAUGCUGUAAGAGGAGAUUAUGGAAAAUAUGCAAUUCAAGCUAAGAAUAGCAGUGGCCAGGCACAGGCUACAAUCAUUGUCAAUGUGCUUGAUAUUCCUGGAGCUUGCCAGAACUUGAAGGUUGCAUACGUAACCAAAGACUCUUCCAUGGUGUCUUGGGAAAAUCCAGAGGACAAUGGUGGCACUGAAAUUACAAAUUAUAUCAUUGAGUGCCGUCAACCUAGUCAAAGAGGAUGGACAGUUGUUACAUCUGACUGCACUAAACGUCUUGUUAAAGCUCCGCUUGUUGAGAACUGUGAAUAUUUCUUCCGUGUGAGUGCAGAGAAUAAAAUUGGUGCUGGACCACCAACGGAAACAAAAACAGCUAUUCUUGCUGUGGAUCCAGUAGAGAAACCUGGAGAGCCAGAGAAUUUCCAUAUCAGUGAAAUUGGAAAGACUUUUGUCUUCCUCAAAUGGAAGAAGCCAGAGUAUGAUGGCGGUAGCCGCAAUCUUGCUUAUCAUGUUGAAAAGAAACCAAAAGAGGCAGAGGAAUGGGAAAGACUCCACAAAGGUGCUAUUAAAGAAACAUAUUUCAUGGCAGACAGAUGUAUUGAGAAUCAAAUAUAUCAGUUUAGAGUCCAAACAAAGAAUGAGGGAGGAGAGAGCAACUGGGUGACUACUGCUGAAGUUCUUGUAAAGGAAGAACUUGUAGUUCCAGAGAUAAAGGUCAAGUUGGAAGGUGUUAAGGUAGUUAAAGCUGGAGAUUCCAUCCCAAUCGAGGCAGAGAUUAAAGGCAAGCCACAACCAGAUGUGAAAUGGGGUAAAGACGGCGCCACAGAGGAUAUCAGUAGAAGCCCUCGAGUUCAAGUGGAAACUGGUUUGAACUUCUCUAAAUUCCUCCUCACAAAUGCAAAACGUACAGAUACUGGAAAAUAUAUUGUCACUGCAACAAAUGCUGCUGGAACUUGCACUGGCGAAGCUAAAGUGAAUGUUCUGGACAGGCCUGGACCUGUUAGAGACCUAAAGGUCUCAGGCAUUUCAGUGGAUAGAUGCAAGUUGGCAUGGGAGGUACCCAAGGAUGAUGGUGGAUGUGAAAUCUUUAACUACAUUAUAGAAAAAUGUGAGACAAAGAGAGGUGUCUGGUCAGUCCAUUCUUCGGCUGUUGUAACCAAUUCUGCUAAUAUAACUCGUCUAAUUGAAGGAAAUGAGUACAUCUUUAGAGUGAGAGCAGAAAAUAAAAUGGGAGCUGGCCCUGCUGUGGAAACAGAGUCUAUUAUUGCAAGGACCCAGUUCAGUAGACCUGGUGCACCAGAUGCUCCAGAGGUGACCAGAAUUGCAAAGACUGAAAUGACAGUUAUGUGGUGCUCUCCUGAUAAUGAUGGGGGAAAACCCAUCACUGGUUAUAUUCUCGAGAAGAAAGAAGAACAUGGCAUUAGGUGGACUCCAGUUACUAAAUCACCUAUUUCAGGGACCCAUAUGACUGUAGCAGGACUCUUGCCUAAUCAUGAAUACCAGUUCCGUGUCAAGGCUGAGAAUGAAAUUGGAAUUGGUGAUGCAAGCAAGCCAUCUAGAACAUACACUGCAAGGGAUCCUGUCGGGCCUCCUGGUCCUGUUGGAAACUUGAAAGUGACUGACAGUUCAAAGACAUCAAUCACUCUUGGGUGGACAAAGCCUACACAUGAUGGUGGCGCUCCACUCAUUGGAUAUGUAGUUGAGCUCCGAGUCAGGGGUACAGGCAAGAAGGGAGAAGAUGGAUGGAAGAGGUGCAAUGUUGCUGCCCAGUUGACUGGAACAGAGUUUACAGUCACAAGUCUGGAUGAAAAUCUUGAAUAUGAAUUCCGUGUUUCUGCACAAAACCAGAUUGGCCUAAGCCAACCAACUAAUCUUGAGGGAGCUGUCUCACCACGGGAUAUCUUUGAAACUCCUGAAGUUGCUCUGGAUGCUGAGCUGAAGAAAGGUCUUACUGUUAGAGCUGGAUGCCCAAUAAGAUUAGUUGCAACUGUCAGGGGACGACCACCACCUAAAGUGCAAUGGAGGAGGAUGGGAAUUGAUAAUGUUGUCAAAAAGGGUCAUGUGGAUCUCAUUGACACAAUGACAUUCCUUGUAAUCUCUGAGACCACCCGUGAUGAUUCAGGCAAAUAUUCACUGACAGUAUCAAGCCCAGCAGGGGAAAAGGCAGUGUUCGUCAAUGUCAAAGUGCUUGACACACCUGGACCAGUGGUUGGCCUGGAGGCCACAGAUAUCACAAUGGUGUCUUGCAACCUCGCAUGGUCCCCACCUGAAAAUGAUGGUGGCAGUGAAGUAACUCAUUACAUCGUUGAGAAACGUGAAAUUGAUCGCAAGACUUGGGCAACUGUUAAAGCCAAUGUGGACAAGACAUCACUUAAAGUCAGCAAUCUUGUACCAGGAACAGAAUACUACUUCAGAGUCACAGCUGUAAAUCAGUAUGGUCCAGGUGUUCCAAGACCCACACCAAGAUCCAUUCUGGCAUCUGAUCCUAUCAGCAAACCUGACCCACCACAGAAGGUUGAUGUUUUGGAGAUUACUAAGAACAGUGCAAAGGUGGGAUGGGUGAAACCAAUGAGGGAUGGCGGAGCUAAGAUUGAUGGCUACAUAAUUGACUAUCUUGAGCUUCCUAAGCCCAAGCCUCCCAAGGAACCCGUAGUGGUUGAAGGUGAGGCAGAGCCUGGUGCUGAGCCUGCACCUCCACCGGUGCCUGUGAAGGAGGAGGAACAACCACAGGAAGAAAUGAAGGAAGAAUGGACACCAUAUACCGUUGUCAAAGAUUUAUGCAUCUCUGUUGCUGGGCUGAAAGAGGGAAGGAAAUAUCGCUUCAGAGUGGCUGCACGAAAUGCCAUGGGAGCUAGUCUUCCUACUGAAACAAGAGAAGCAUAUGAGAUCAAAGAACAAAUGUUGGAGCCCAAGGUUAUCUUGCCUGAGACUGUCACUGCAAAGGCAGGAGCAAAGGUGAGAGUUGAGGCACUUGUAUCUGGAAAACCAGCGCCUGUGUGCCAGUGGAAACGAGGAGAGGAUAACGUUGUGCCUUCAAGUCGCCUUGCAGUACACAAAUCCCAAAACAUGUGUGUGCUCAUCAUAAAGGAUGUUUCAAGAACAGACAGUGGUCAAUAUAGCCUUGUUGCAGAGAACUCUUCAGGCAAAGUGGAACAAGUUAUGAAAGUUAUUAUUAGAGACAUCCCUGGACCACCUGAGCCUCCAUUUGAAAUCAGUGACAUUGACUCUGACGCCUGCACACUAUCUUGGAAUAAGCCACUUGAAGAUGGUGGUAGUAAUAUCACUAACUAUGUGGUUGAGAAAUGUGAUGUGAGCAGAGGUGACUGGGUUACUGCUGUUUCCAGCUGUGGCAAGACUGGGUGUAGACUUGGAAAACUCAUUCCUGGAAAGGAGUAUAUCUUCCGUGUCCGUGCAGAGAACCGUUUUGGCAUUUCAGACCCGAUUACUUCUGAGAGGAUGAUAGCUAAAUUCCCCUUCGAUGUUCCUGGUGAACCUUUGAACUGUUGCAUCACAAAAACAAACAAGGACUGCAUGUUUGUGGCUUGGGAUAAGCCUGAGUCUGAUGGUGGCAGUCCUAUUACUGGAUACUACAUUGAGCGCAAAGAGAGGAACAGCCUCCUUUGGGUUAAAGCAAAUGAUUCAGUGGUUCGCACAACAGAAUAUCCUUGUGCUGGUCUAAUUGAAGGUCUGGAAUACACUUUCAGAGUGUCUGCCAUUAAUCGUGCAGGACAGGGUAAGCCAAGCAAGAAGACUGAUUUUGUCACAGCAAGAACACCAGUGGAUGCACCAGGCAAACCAGAGGUACUUGAUGUGACCAAGAAUACAGUUACAUUGGUUUGGACCCGACCAAAGAAUGAUGGUGGAAGCAAGAUAAUUGGAUACUAUGUUGAAGCUUUGAAGCUUCCUGGAGACCAGUGGGUGCGAUGCAACACAAGCAGUCAGAAUGUACCUCGGGAAGAGUACACUGUAGCUGGAUUGGAGGAGGGUGCCCAGUACCAAUUUAGGGUUAUUGCAAAAACAGCAGUUAACAUUAGCAGGCCAUCUGAAGUCUCUGAUCCUGUUCUGGUAUCUGCAGAAAAUGUACCACCUCGUAUAGAACUUGCGAUCCAAAUGAAGAAGAUGUUGCCAAAGAAAGCAGGGUCAGAUGUUUGCCUUGAGGCUGAAGUUUUUGGCAAACCAAUGCCGAAGGUCACAUGGAGCAAAGAUGGAAAGGUUUUAAAGGAUGAUAAAGACAUGACGUUGUCACAAAAGAAACACCUUUUCUCUCUGAGCCUUGCCGCAGUUACAAAACUUCACACAGGGCAAUACAGUAUUCUUGCUGAAAAUGCAAGUGGUUCUAAGACUGCAGACAUACAGCUCACAGUUUUGGACAUACCUGGUCCACCUGCCUCUAUCAAAUUGGAAGAGGUGUUUUCUGAUCGUGUGAAGUUAAGCUGGACAGCUCCUCUUACAGACGGUGGUUCUCCAAUUACAAAUUACAUUGUGGAUAAGCGUGAAACAAGUAGGGCAAACUGGGCCCAAGUUUCUGCUAAAGUCAGUGGUGAUGUAACUGAAUUCUCUGUGGAGAAGCUGAUCAUGGGUCAUGAGUACCAGUUCCGUGUUCGUGCUGAAAAUCGAUAUGGAGCUGGUGAUGCCAUUUUGUCAGAUCCAGUUGUUGCACGAGAUCCUUUCACUGUUCCUGGAGCGUGUGAUCCACCAGUCAUUACAAACAUUACAAAAGAGAAAAUGACUGUGAGCUGGAAGGAACCCACUGAUGACGGCAACUCUCCAAUCCUCGGAUACAUGCUUGAGAAGCGUGAGACCAAGGAAAUUAACUGGACCAAACUCAACAGGAAACCUUUGCUGGAAAGAACACUUGAAGUUGGAGGUCUUUCUGAGGGCGUUCAGUAUGAAUUCAGAGUUAUUGCUGUCAACAGAGCUGGCCUUGGCAAACCCAGCGAGCCAUCAAAUGCUGCUGCUGCAGUUGAUCCUAUUCAUCCCCCUGGACCACCCGUCUCCCCCAAGGUCACUGACACAAGUAACAGCACUAUUAGUGUAUCUUGGACUAAACCUGCAAAUGAUGGCGGAAGUGAAAUUUUGGGAUACCUUGUUGAAUGCAAGAGAACCGAUGCAACAGACUGGAUCCGAUGCAAUGUCCCAAAGAACCUACAGGACACACACUAUGUUGUCACUGGACUUUUGGAGAAAUCAGAAUACCAACUUCGCGUCAGUGCUGUGAACAAAGUUGGCUUUAGUCAGCCAUGUGAAGUCCCAGACAAACAUGUUGCAAAGGAUGUGUUUGCUCCACCUGAAGCUGAAAUUGAUGCAAAGCUGAAGGAUACAUUAGUUCUACCGGCUGGUGCUUCAAUGAAACUUCAUGCUAAAAUUAAAGGUCGACCUACUCCAAAAGUAACCUGGGCCAAAAUGAACACCAACAUCAAAAACAGACAAGGAAUUAUCAUCAAAGUCACAGACACUGACACAAUGGUCCGUGUUGAUAGGGUGACUCGAAAUGAUGCAGGAAAAUACAUUCUCAACCUUGACAGUGUCAGCGGCAUGAAGAUGUACACAAUUGUUGUCAAAGUUCUUGAUACCCCUGGCCCACCACUAAACCUAAUGGUGAAAGAGACAACAAAGGAUAGUGCAUCCAUUCUUUGGGAUGAACCACUAAUUGAUGGCGGAAGUGAAAUUAUAGGUUAUGUUGUAGAAAAACGUGAUGCAGAGAGAAAAGCAUGGUCCACCGUUUCAAUCAGCUGUGACAAAACAUCUUUCAAGAUCGAAGGCCUGGAAGCUGGUAGAUCUUACUGUUUUAGAGUCAAGGCUCAAAAUAAGUAUGGUAUUGGUGAACCUUGUGAAACAGCAGAUGCUGUCAGAGCCUCUGAACAACCUGGGCCAGUCAUGGAUUUUAAGCCAUUGCUAGUAACCAGGGAUUCAUGCACUCUUUCUUGGAAGAAACCUAUUAGUGAUGGUGGAAGUCGAAUCAUUGCAUAUGUGCUUGAGGUUCUUAAUGGUGAGGACAAGUGGAAGGAGCUUCUAAGAUCAAAGAACAUGCAAUACAGUGCCAAAGAUCUUGUUGAAGGAAGGGAAUACAAAUACAGAGUAAGGGCCACAAAUGAUGCGGGUGAUGGUCCAGUGAAGGAGCUCUCCAUUGUAGCAAAGGAUCUUAUUGUUUAUCCCAGCUGUGAUUUAAGAGAUUUGCCUAACUUAAACUACAUUGCAAAAGAAGGAAGCAAUGUCCGCCUCAAGAUUCCCAUCAUUGGUAAACCUGCCCCAACAGUCUCGUGGAAGAAGGGCGAGGAUGAGAAUUUGACAGACACAGGAAGAGUUUGUGUGGAAUCUACUGCUGUUAAUACAACUCUUUUGAUUCGUGACUGCCAAAGAAGCGAUGCCUCAAAAUACACUAUCACUCUUCGUAAUAGUGCUGGAUCAAAGGAAUCCUCUAUCUUUGUCAGAGUUGUUGGCAAACCAGGAAUAUGUACAGGACCUAUCAAGUUUAAGGAAGUAACAGCUGAUGGAGCUACCUUGAAAUGGGGUGUUCCAAAAGAUGAUGGAGGAUCAGAAAUUACUAACUACAUUCUCGAGAAGCGGGACUCCAUUACCAAUAUGUGGGUGACUGUUUCCUCAGCGGUGGAAAGUAACACUUUUAGAGUGUCUGGUCUUCAUGAGGGAACAGAAUAUAUCUUCAGAGUUUCUGCAGAAAACAAAUAUGGAGUUGGUGAGGGUCUCAAGUCUGAACCUAUGAUUGCUAAACAUCCAUUCAAUGUGCCAGAUUCACCACCUGCACCACAAAUCAUGAGCAUGCUUCAUGAUUCAGCUACCUUGGCUUGGUCAGAUCCAAGGAAAACUGGAGGUUCACCAAUUACAGGUUAUCAUGUUGAAUUCAAGGAAAGAAACAGCAUGUUGUGGAAGAGAGCUAACCCAGCACCUUUAAAAAUGAAAGAUUUCAAAGUAAAGGGUUUAACUGAAGGCCUGGAGUAUGAAUUCAGAGUGAUGGCAAUAAAUUUGGCUGGUGUUGGUAAGCCUAGUCCUCCAACUCAGCCAAUGGUAGCCUUGGACGCUAUUGAUCCUCCUGGUAAACCCGAUGUGAUCAGCAUCACAAGGAGCACUGUAACGCUGCAGUGGACUGAACCUGAGUAUGAUGGUGGACACAGGCUUACAGGCUACAUUGUUGAGAGACGUGACCUUCCUGCGAAGGUCUGGGUGAAAGCCAACACUGUAAAUGUUGUGGAAUGUGCAUAUACGGUGACUGACUUGCAGGAAGGUUGCAAGUUUGAAUUCAGAAUCAGAGCAAAGAACGCAGCUGGAGCAAUAAGUGCACCAUCCGAACAAACCGACACUCUUGUAUGCAUGGAUGAAUAUGCGGCACCAACAAUUAUCAUUGAUCCAACUGUAAAGGAAGGACUGACUGUUAGAGCUGGAGACACAAUUGUCAUUACAGCAACAAGUAUUUUAGGCAAACCUACCCCAACUUCAGCCUGGUCAAAGGGAGGGAAGUACUUCAAGCCAUCAGAUAUAUGCCAGAUUGAAACUACUCCUACCUCCUCUACUUUGUCUAUCAAAUAUGCUAGCAGGAAGGAUUCAGGGGAGUACACUAUUACAGCAAGCAAUCCAUUUGGUGUCAAAGAAGAGAAUGUGAAAGUAAAGGUUUUGGAUGUUCCUGGACCCCCUGGACCAAUUGAGGCGAGUGGAAUCUCAUCUGAAAAAGUCACUUUGACUUGGACACCACCUCAUGAAGAUGGUGGAUCUGCAAUUAAGCAUUACCUUUUAGAGAAGAGGGAAACAAGCCGUCUUCUUUGGACCAUUCUUGCUGAAAAUGUUGUUGACUGCCAUUUCGUGGCAAAUAAACUAAUCCAAGGGAAUGAAUAUAUCUUCCGUGUCUCAGCUGUCAACCACACUGGAGCUGGUGAUUUUUCACAUUCAGAGCCAGUAAAGAUGGUAGAUAAUUAUGGUCCUCCAGGGCCUCCUGCAAGACCAGAGGUAGAAAAUGUUGGAGGAAAAACUGCUACUAUUACAUGGAAGAGACCGGCUGAUGAUGGCGGCAGUGAUAUCACUGGUUACAUGGUUGAGAAGAAGGAAAAGAAAGGCAUGAGGUGGUCAAGAGCAUCAAAGAAAGUAAUUCUUGACCUACAUUUUGAAGUACAAGGACUUACUGAAGGAGUUGAAUAUCAAUUCAGAGUAACAGCCGAGAACAAGGCUGGCUUUGGAGAACCCAGUGAGCCAUCUCAACCUGUUACAACAAAGGUCAUGGCAGAUGUACCUGGACCCCCAGUCAACCCAAGAGUCACUGAUACAACAAAGACCACAGCAGAACUUCACUGGGGCAAACCCCUUGAUGAUGGUGGCAUGGAUGUUACUGGUUAUAUUGUUGAGCACAAAAAGGAUGGAGAAGAGGCAUGGGUGAAGGAUACAACUACACCUUUGAUAAUCACUGAAUUUGUUGUCCCUGGAUUGCAGGCUGGAGCCAAGUAUCAUUUCAGAAUUACCGCAAUGAAUGCAAUUGGAGUUGGGGAACCAGCACAAACAGUAGACCUUGUUGAAAUUAUUGAACGUGAAGAAAUUCCUGACCUGGAACUUGAUGCUGAAUUAAGAAGAACACUGGUUGUUAAGGCUGGAGGUUCUAUUCGCUUAUUUGUUCCAAUUAAAGGACGUCCAACUCCUACAGUGACUUGGACAAAGGAGGAGACUGCACUAAAAACUCGUGCAAUUAUUGACAAUACAGAGUCAUACACCCUUUUAGUCAUUCCCGAUUGCAACAGGCGUGAUGCUGGGAGGUAUGACUUAACAUUAGAGAAUGCAGCUGGAAAAAAGACUGCCUAUGUGAAUGUCAAAGUUUUGGAUUCCCCUGGGCCUCCUCUCAAUCUUAAGCCAAAAGCCAUUGACAGAGAAAGCAUUACACUGCAGUGGGAAAUGCCUCUUAUUGAUGGUGGUGCAAAGAUUACUAAUUAUAUCAUUGAAAAAAGAGAAGCUACUCGCAAGGCAUAUGCUACUGUGGUAACAAAAUGUGACACAUGUUCCAUUAGGAUUCCGAAUUUGUCAGAGGGCUCAGAGUACUACUUCAGAGUAUCUGCUGAAAAUGAAUUUGGAAUUGGGGAGGCAGUUGAAACCUCAGAUCCCAUUAGAGCAUCUCAAGCACCAACUCCACCUGAAAUGGUCACAAUUACUGAUGUUACCAAGAACUCAGUUAGUCUUGCAUGGACCAAACCAAAACAUGAUGGUGGAAGCAGAGUUACUGGGUAUGUUAUUGAGGCCCAGAAAAAAGGAACAGACCAGUGGACUCACGUGACCACUGUGAAGUCUCUUGAUUUUACUGUAAAGAAUUUAAAUGAGAAUGAAGAGUAUGUCUUCCGUGUAAUGGCUGUAAACCUAUCUGGCAGAAGCCAUCCUCGGGAAAGCAAGCAUGUUGUUAUAAGAGAACAAAGCACAGAACCAGAAUUUGACCUGCGUGGUAUCUGUCAGAAGACAGUCAUAGCAAAGGCUGGGGAUGACAUAAAGGUUGAGGUGCCUGUAACUGGACGUCCUAAGCCAACAGUUUCCUGGCAGAAAGAAAAUCAAGCCCUGAAAUUAACACAACGGAUAAUGGUUGAAAAUACCUCUACGUCAACUAUCUUGAUCAUAAAUGAGUGUUUGAGAAGUGACAGUGGGGUAUACUCAAUGAUAGGAAAGAACAUAGUUGGCUCUGUUACAGAGAAUAUCAUAGUCAAAGUCCAUGAUGUCCCAGGACCACCUAAGGGACCAAUUAAAUUGGACAAAAUAUCUCGUACUUCCAUUGAGUUUUCAUGGGAUUCACCUGAAAAUGAUGGAGGUGUACCAAUUAACAACUAUGUUGUUGAAAUAAGGGAAACCACCAGCCAGUCAUGGGUAGAGCUGUCUUCAAUGAUCAUCAGAACUACAUAUAAAGCAACUCGACUAACCACAGGAGUGGAAUAUCAAUUCCGUGUCAAGGCCAAAAACAGAUAUGGUGCAGGACCCCCAAUUACUUCAGAAGCCGUGGUUGCUGCAUACCCUUUUAAGGUACCUGGACCACCAGGUACUCCCAAAGUUGUUGCGUUCACUAAGGACACAAUGACAAUUGGCUGGAAUGAGCCAGUUAAUGAUGGCGGAAGUGAAGUUAUUGGAUACCAUGUUGAAAGAAAAGAAAGGAACAGCAUUAUCUGGCAUAGGAUUAGCAAGGCUCUUGUGGUGGGAAACCUGUUCAAAACAUCUGGAUUAGAAUCUGGCUCUGCAUAUGAGUUCCGAGUGAUGGCUGAAAAUAUAGCUGGAAUAGGGAAACCAAGCAAGGCAUCUGAACCAAUGCUUGCUCUUGAUCCAGUGGAUCCACCUGGUCAGCCUGUACCAAUACAUGUGUCUAAAAAUGCAAUAACUAUUCAGUGGACAAAGCCUGAAUAUGAUGGUGGGUUUAAGAUUACUGGUUACAUUGUGGAAAAGCGAGAUGUACCAUCUGGACGCUGGAUAAGGGCCAACUUCACAAACAUUAUUGAAACCACUUUCACAGUUAGUGGUUUAACGAAAGAAGCAUCCUAUGAAUUCCGUGUAUUUGCAAGAAAUUCGGCUGGUGCCAUUAGCAAUCCAUCAGACCCAUCAGAUCCAAUAAUUUGUAAAGAUGAUAUUGAAGAGCCAAGAAUUAUGGUAGAUGCCAAAUUCAAGGAUGUUGUGCUUGUUAGAGCAGGUGAAGUCUUCAAACUUGAUGCUGAUGUUGCAGGCCUACCACUGCCAUCUAUGGUUUGGACCAAAGAUGGAAAAGAUGUUGAAAACACAUCCAAACUACAGAUAAAAACGACAGACGUCAGCACUACUUUGGUUAACAAAGACUCUCUUAGAAAAGAUGGAGGUGAAUUUGUUCUGACAGCUACUAAUGUGGGUGGAUUUGCUAAACAUGUCUUCAAUGUUAAGGUUCUUGACAGACCAGGACCACCUGGAGGGCCUCUUAAAGUUUCAGAUAUUACAGCAGAGAAAUGUGUGCUUACAUGGGCUCCACCUGCAGAUGAUGGUGGGGCAAGCAUUGAACAUUAUGUGGUUGAAAAACGUGAGUCAAGCAGACUUGCUUGGACAAACGUAGCAACUGACUUGCAAGUUACCCAAUACCAGGUGACAAAGCUGCUCAAAGGGAAUGAAUACAUUUUUAGAGUCAUGGCUGUUAAUAAGUAUGGAGUUGGAGAUCCCCUUGAGUCUGAUCCAACAAUUGCAGACAAUCCUUAUGUUCCACCUGAUCCUCCACAAACUCCUGAGAUCACAGCUGUCACCAAGGAUUCAAUGGUGGUUUGCUGGGGAGCUCCUGCCCAUGAUGGUGGAAGUGAAAUCACUAACUAUGGCAUUGAAAGAAGAGAUAGGAUUAGUUUGCGCUGGGUAAAAUGCAACAAAAAGAAAGUUACUGACUUGCAUUUUAAGGUAACUGGGCUUGUUCCAGGGCAUGAAUAUGAAUUUAGAGUUGUUGCUGAGAAUGCAGCUGGAGUCAGUGCACCAAGCCCCUCAAGUCCAUUCGCAAAAGCCACAGAUGCUCUUUUCAAACCUGGUCCCCCUGGUAACCCAAGAAUUUUGGACACAACAAGUUCCUCCAUAACACUUGCAUGGAACAAACCAGUAUAUGACGGUGGCUCUGAAAUCACUGGGUAUAUUGUUGAGACAUGCCUCCCUGGAACUGAAGAGGAGGAAUGGACAAUUGUUUCUCCUAAAGAGGGACUGAAAGGAACAUCAUUUACAAUAACAAAUCUUAAAGAGAAUCAGGAAUAUAAAAUCAAUGUCUUAGCUUUUAACAGUGAGGGUGUUGGGGAAGCAGCGUCUGUUCCUGGUUCACCUAAAGCUGAAGAAAGACUUCUCCCACCAGAAAUUGACCUUGAUGCUGACCUUCGUAAAAUUGUAAAUAUCAGAGCCUGCAACACACUAAGACUUUUUGUGCCAAUCAGAGGAAGACCAGCUCCAGACGUCAAAUGGUCAAGAGAGAAUGAUGAACCUUUGGACAGAGCUACCAUUGAAAGUACAUCUUCUUUUACAUCGUUAGUGAUUCAAAAUGUAAAUAGGUUUGACAGUGGCAAAUAUAACUUGACAGUGGGGAACAGCUCUGGUACCAAGACAGUUUCCGUUACUGUUAGGGUUCUAGAUACACCUGGGGCACCACAAAACCUUAAAAUCAGCAAAGUUACUAAAGAAUCAGUUUCACUGGAAUGGGAUCCUCCAUUAAAUGAUGGUGGCACAAAGAUUAAGAACUACAUUGUUGAAAAGCGUGAGGCAACAAGAAAGGCCUAUACUACAGUUAAUGCUAUCUGUCACAAAACAGAAUGGACUGUUGAUCAACUUCAAGAAGGCUGCAACUACUACUUCAGAGUUCUUGCUGAAAAUGAGUAUGGCAUCGGUCUUCCUAUUGAAACUGGUGAAUCAGUCAAAGUGUCAGAGAAACCACUUCCACCAGGCAAGAUUACACUUCAAGAUGUUACAAAGACAAGUGUCACCUUGACUUGGGAGAAGCCUGAACAUGAUGGAGGAAGCAGAGUAGUUGCAUAUGUUGUAGAGAUGCAGAGUAAAGGCAGUGAUAAAUGGACACAAGCUGUGAUUGUAAAGGUUCCAGAGGCAGUUAUUCCUGGGCUUACUCCCGGUGAGGAGUAUAUGUUCCGUGUUUCAGCAAGAAAUGAAAAAGGCACCAGUGAUCCUCGGCAAAUUGGUGUGCCAGUGAUUGCCAAAGACCUUGUAAUUGCACCAUCUGCCAAGCUGUUAUUCUCAACAUUUAGUGUUCUUGCUGGAGAGGAUUUGACAAUAGAUAUUCCAUAUAUUGCUCGUCCCAAAGCUGCUGUAUCUUGGUUGAAAGAUGCUGUACCACUUAAACGAACCACCAGAGUUAACUUCUCUUCCACAGAGACCCUUUUGAAUCUUGUGAUCAAAGAAGCUUGUAGAGAUGAUGUUGGACAAUAUAGUAUCAAACUUUCAAACACAGCUGGUGAGAAAUUAGUGGAUAUUAGAGUUGUUGUUCUUGACAAACCUGGCCCACCUACUGGUCCAGUCAAAGUUGAAGAAGUAACAGCUGACAGUGUCACUAUUUCAUGGAAACCACCAGAGUAUGAUGGAGGCUGCACCAUUAGCAACUACUUAGUGGAAAAGAGAGACACAUCUACAACAAACUGGGUAGUUGUGGCAGCAAGUCUGGCUAGAACAAAGAUUAAAGCUGGAAGACUAAAAACAGGUUCUGAAUAUCAGUUCAGAAUCACUGCUGAGAACAGGUAUGGGAAGAGCCCUUUGCUUGUUUCGGAGUGUGUUAUUGCACAAUACCCAUACAAACUUCCAGGACCUCCUGGAACACCCUUUGUCCAUUCUUCUACCAAAGAUAGCAUGCUUGUGAUGUGGAAUGAACCAGUUAUUGAUGGAGGAAGCACAAUUUUGGGAUAUCACCUUGAACGUAAAGAGAGAAAUAGUAUUCUCUGGAUUAAACUCAACAAAACCAUAAUCCAGGACACAACUUAUAAGACCACAGGCCUUGAGGAAGGGCUUGAAUAUGAAUUCAGAGUGUAUGCAGAGAACAUUGUUGGUAUUGGAAAAGCAAGCAAAAUUUCAGAAGGCUGUGUUGCCAGAGAUCCUUGUGAUCCUCCUGGCACACCUGAGGCAGCUAAAAUCACAAAGAAUUCCAUUACAAUCACAUGGACUAAGCCUGAGUAUGAUGGUGGAAGCAAAGUCAUCGGUUAUAUUGUUGAGAAGAAGGAAUUGCCUGAAGGACGCUGGCUGAAGGCGAACUUCACCAAUGUCAUUGAGACAGAGUAUACUGCCACAGGUCUUGCAGAAGACCAGAAAUAUGAAUUCCGUGUGAUUGCAAGAAAUGCAGCUGGUGUUUUUAGUGGUCCUUCUUACAGCACAGGACCUAUUACUGCAAAGGAUGAGAUUGAACCACCCCGCAUCAGCAUAGAUCCACAAUACACCCAAACAAUUGUUGUAAAUGCAGGAGAAACAUUCAAGAUUGAUGCAGACGUUCAUGGUAAACCAGUCCCUACAAUUUACUGGAUGAAGAAAGAUCAAGAACUUGGAAACACUAUAUAUCGUGAAAUUAAAAACACUGACAACUAUGCCUGUUUGUCUGUAAAAGAGGCCAAACUUGCUGAUGGUGGCCAGUACACUCUGCUGCUAAGAAAUCCAGGAGGUGAGAAAGCUGUUCAAGUAAAUGUCAGUGUACUAGAUAAACCCGGAGCACCUGAGGGUCCCAUUUUCAUCACAGGGGUUACCUGCGAACAAUGCUGUCUUGCCUGGAAACCUCCAAAACAGGAUGGUGGAAGCAAGAUCACUCACUACAUUGUCGAAAGAAGGGAGUCUAGCAGACUUAUUUGGACUCUUGUUGAACCUAAAGUUGAAACUGAAAACUUGAAAGUAACAAAACUCCUUGAGGGAAAUGAAUACAUUUUCAGAGUUUUGCCAGUCAACAAAUUUGGAGUUGGAGAACCACUUCAGUCUGACCCAGUUACCAUAAAGGAUCCAUUUAUGCUUCCAGACGCUCCAAAGGGAAUAGAGGUGUCCAGUGUCAAGAAAGACUCAAUGGUCUUAAGUUGGGAGGCUCCCACAAGUGAUGGUGGCACUCCUAUCACUGGGUACGUCAUUGAAAAACAUGACAAGGAAGGUGUUAGAUGGACCAGAUGCAACAGACAAAAGGUUACUGAUCUAACCUUCAAAGUUUCUGGACUCCUUGAAGGACAUCUCUAUGAAUUCAGAGUGGCAGCUGAGAAUGCUGUUGGGGUGGGGGAGUCUAGUUCAGCAACAGUAUUCUAUAAGGCUGUAGAUCCUGUGUUCAAGCCAGGUCCACCACAUAAUCCUAAAGUGACAGACACAACCAAAUCAUCUGUGUCACUUGCAUGGGGGAAGCCUAUUUAUGAUGGUGGAUGUGAAAUUCAAGCAUAUGUUGUUGAGUCAUGUAAGGUAAAAUCACCAGUGGAAGAAAGAAAGGAAGGAAAAGAAUCUGAGGAUGGAGUAGCUGCUGAAGAAUGGACAAUGUGCACCCCACCAACAGGUGUUAAGUUAACACGCUUUACAGUGGAAAAUCUAAAAGAAAAACAGGGAUAUAAAUUUAGGGUUUGUGCAGUUAACAAGGCUGGUGUUGGUGAGCAUGCAGAUAUUCCUGGUGACAUUCUUCCAGAGGACAGGACUGAGGAACCAGAUCUUGAUAUUGAUCCUGAGUUCAGAAAGCUUGUAAUUAUUAAAGCAGGAGGACCUCUUCGAAUUUUCAUUCCCAUCAGAGGGCGUCCUGUUCCACAAAUUAAAUGGGAGAAAGAUGAAGGCCCUAUCAAAGAGACAGUGCAAGUUGAGGUUACAAGUAGUCACACUUCCCUUGUGAUUGAUAAAGUCAACAGAUCGGACAGCGGAAAGUACACUGUGUAUGCAGAAAACUCCUCUGGUGUAAAGACUGCAACCAUCACUGUGAAAAUUCUUGACACACCUAGUGCUCCAGUUAACAUUAAAGUGCAAGAAAUUACAAAAGAAUCUGUCACUCUUUCGUGGGAACCUCCUGCCUUGGAUGGUGGAGCUAAGAUCAAAAAUUAUAUUGUUGAGAAGCGUGAAACUAUAAGAAAAACCUUCUCUGCUGUUGUAACAAACUGCCAUAAACUAUCAUGGAAAAUUGAACCACUUCAAGAGGGCUGUAGUUACUAUUUCAGAGUUCUUGCAGAAAAUGAACAUGGUAUUGGGUUACCUGCAGAUAUUACAGAUCCAAUAAAAGUAUCUGAAGUGCCCCAGUGCCCUGGUAAAUUAACUGUUGUAGAUGUUACAAAAACAAGUGUCUCUCUUGCUUGGGAAAAACCAGUGCAUGACGGUGGAAGUAGAAUUCUUCAGUACCUUGUUGAAAUGCAAGUGAAAGGCAGUGACAAGUGGUCUGGUUGUGCUAAUGUGAAAACAUUAGAAGCUGUUAUUAAUAACUUAAACUCUGGCGAAGAGUACAUGUUCAGAGUAAUUGCUGUCAAUGAAAAAGGAAAGAGUGACCCAAGAACUCUUGCAGUCCCAGUGCAAGCAAAGGAUCUUGUCAUUGAACCAGAUGUUAGACCUGCAUUUAGCAACUACAGUGUUCUCGUGGGAAAGGACCUUCAAGUUGAAAUUCCAGUUUCUGGACGCCCUAAACCAAAAGUCACAUGGACAAAGGAUGGUGCAGCCCUUAAAUUCACAACAAGAGUGAACAUUUCUAAUACACCACACAGCACAAUUCUUAGUAUCAAAGAAGCUGCCAGAGAGGAUGGUGGCAUGUACGGAAUUAAUGUUUCCAAUGUUGUUGGGAAAAAGGAUGCCACAAUUGAAAUUAUCACCCUUGAUAAACCAGGACCACCAUCUGGCCCUGUAAGAUUUAAUGAGAUAACAGUAUCAAGUGUUACAUUGUCAUGGGAUCCACCAAAAUACACUGGAGGUUGCUCAGUUUCAAACUACAUCGUACAAAAGAGAGACACAACCACCACUACGUGGGAGAAUGUUUCUGUCUCAGUGGCAAGAACAACACUGAAGGUACCCAGACUGAAAACUGGUGCUGAGUAUCAAUUCAGAAUUAUUGCUCAAAACAGAUAUGGCAAGAGUUAUGCUUUAGACUCUCCAGCUGUUGUUGCUCAAUACCCAUAUAGAGAACCGGGCCCACCUGGAACUCCAUUUGUGUCAUCCUUGUCAAGAGAUCAUAUGGUCGUUGAGUGGCACGAACCAGUUUCAGAUGGAGGCAGCAGCAUUAUUGGAUACCAUCUUGAAAGGAAAGAGAGAAAUAGCAUCCUCUGGACCAAGAUAAACAAGACACUCAUUCAGGAAACAAGAUUUAAAACCAGUCCGCUAGAAGAAGGGAUGGAAUAUGAAUUUAGAGUCUAUGGUGAAAAUAUUGUUGGCAUUGGCAGAUGCAGUAAAAUCUCAGAGGGUUAUGUAGCCCGGGAUCCAUGUGAUCCACCUGGUACUCCAGAAGCUCUGCAUGUUAGUAAAAAUUCAAUAACAAUCCAAUGGACAAAGCCAGAAUAUGAUGGAGGAAGUGUUAUAACUGGUUAUACUGUUGAGAAGCGUGAUCUGCCAGAGGGUCGCUGGAUGAAAGCUAGUUUUACCAAUGUGAUUGAAACCCAAUUUACUGUCACUGGACUCACAGAGGGAGCAAAAUAUGACUUCAGAGUAAUUGCAAAGAAUGCUGUUGGCACUAUUAGUAAACCAUCCUUUAACAGUGGACCUAUUGUUGCACUGGAUGAAGUGGAGCCACCCAAGUUUUCAAUUGACCCUGAAUACACUCAGACUCUUAUUAUGAAUGCUGGGGAUACAUUUAAAAUUGAUGCAGAUGUCCAUGGCAAACCAAUUCCUACAAUGCAGUGGUUCAAAGGUGACAAGGAAAUUGAAAACACAAUCCGAUGUGAAAUCAAGAAUACUGACACUAGAGCUAUGAUUGUCAUAAAGGAUGCACUCAGACAGGAUGGUGGCGACUAUACUCUUCAACUCACUAACGUUGCUGGCUCACAAAUUGUUUCAUUCCAUGUGAAAGUACUAGACAAACCCAGUCCACCAGAAGGGCCUCUUCAUGUCACAGGAGUAUCAAGUGAUAAAUGCACACUGUCAUGGCGCCCCCCACAACAUGACGGAGGAAGUGCAAUCACCCAUUAUAUUAUUGAAAGACGUGAAACAAGUCGUCUAGCUUGGACUAUGGUCUCUACUAAUUGUAAAUCUACAAUAUAUAAAGUGACAAGCCUUCUUGAAGGCAACGAAUAUAUGUUCCGUGUCACGGCUGUCAACAGUUAUGGUGUUAGUGAGCCAAUCAGUUCUCCAUCUGUAAUAAUGAAGGAUCCAUUUGUAGCACCCGGAUCACCACAAAUUCUGGAGGUGACUAACAUUGCUCGGGAUUCUAUGACCAUAUGCUGGAGUGCUCCAGAGACAGAUGGUGGAAGUGAAAUUGUUGGAUAUAUUGUUGAAAAGAAAGAUCGGUCUGGAAUUAAAUGGACCAGAUGCAACAGACAGAAAGUUACUGAUGUAUGUUUCAGAGCACAAGGCCUGAUAGAGGAUCAUGAGUAUGAGUUCAGAGUAUCAGCUGAAAAUGCAGCUGGAAUCAGUGAACCCAGUUUACCAACAUCAUACUAUAAAGCUUCUGAUCCUAAAUAUAAACCUGGCCCACCCACAAAUGCGCAUGUGAUCGACACAACAAAGAGCUCUAUUUCAGUGGCAUGGGGAAAGCCUCUUAAUGAUGGUGGAAGUGCAAUUCAAGGAUAUAUUGUUGAAAUAUGCAAAGCUGAGGAGGAGGAAUGGUCUAUGUGCACUCCACCAACUGGUCUGCGUGUUAAUAAAUUUGAAAUUACCAAAUUAACAGAACAGCAAGAAUAUAAGAUUCAGAUAUGUGCCAUAAAUAAACUGGGUGUUGGUGAGCCUGCAGUUAUUCCCGGGACUGUCAAACCAGAGGACAAACUUGAAGCUCCUGAAAUUCACCUUGAUUCAGAGCUGAGGAAAGGCAUAGUUGUUCGUGCUGGAGGAUCAGUUAGAAUUAAUGUGCCUUUCAAGGGGAGACCAAUACCUGAGAUUAAAUGGACUAAAGAUGAAGGAGAGCUGUCAGAGAAGGCAGUGAUUGAGAAGGGUCUAAACUUCACACAACUUUCAAUUGAUUCCUGUGACAGAAAGGAUUCUGGAAAAUACACUCUUACCCUGCAAAACAGCAGUGGUUCUGUGUCUGAAUUUGUGGCAGUGAAAGUAUUAGAUACACCUGGAGCUCCUCAGAACCUAGUAGUUAAAGACCUUAAGAAAGACUCUGUUACACUUGUUUGGGAUGCACCACUUAUUGAUGGAGGUGCAAAAAUCAAGAAUUAUGUUGUUGAUAAACGUGAAUCCACAAGGAAAGCAUAUGCCAAUGUUACAGCCAAGUGUAGCAAGACUAGCUUCAAAGUGGAAAAUCUUGCAGAAGGGGCCAUGUACUACUUUAGAGUUAUGGCUGAAAAUGAAUUCGGAAUUGGCUUACCAGUUGAAACAAAGACUGCUUCAAAGGCCUCUGAAGUACCCCUGCCAGUUGGAAAGGUGUUGUUGACUGAUGUGACGAAAGCCAGUGCAUCUCUAGCCUGGGAAAAACCAGAGCAUGAUGGUGGAAGCAGGAUUGUAGGUUAUUUGAUUGAAAUGCAACCCAAAGGAACAGAUAAAUGGGGUGUAGCAACAUCUGUCAAAACAUGUGAAGGCACUGUCACUGGACUAACAGCUGGCCAAGAAUAUCUGUUCCGUGUUCUUGCAUACAAUGAGAAAGGAAAGAGUGAGCCAAAACUCCUUGCUGCUCCUGUAAUUGCCAACGACUUAACAAUCGAACCAAGUCUGAAAGUACAAUUCAGUACAUAUAGUGUCAAAUCUGGUGAUGAUCUCAAACUGGAAAUACCAGUUUUUGGACGUCCCAAGCCAAAAGUUACUUGGAUGAAGGAUGGACAAACCCUUAAAGUGACAUCUAGAAUAAGCACUUCAAACACACCAACCUCAGCGAUUUUGCAGAUUACUGAGGCCAAUAAAGAUGACCUUGGAAAGUAUGCAAUUACUGCAACAAACAGUGCUGGUGCUGUUACAGAAGAAAUUGGAAUCAUUAUACUUGAUAAGCCUGGACCGCCAACAGGCCCUAUUAAGGUUAAUGAAGUCAGUAAUAGCUUUGUCACAAUUUCAUGGGAACCACCAUCCUACACAGGAGGCUGCCAAGUUAAGCAUUACAUUGUUGAAAAGCGAGACACCACUACGACAACAUGGGAGAUGGUAGCUGGAUCAGUUGCCAGAACAUCCCUUAAAAUAACAAAACUAAAAACUGGCGCUGAGUACCAAUUCAGAGUCUUUGCUGAAAACAGAUAUGGUAAGAGUACUUCUUUGGAGUCAAAGGCAGUUGUUGUUCAGUAUCCUUAUAAACCUCCAGGGCCACCUGGAACUCCAUAUGUCAAGUCUGCCACUAAGGAUCAAAUGAUAAUUGAGUGGAAUGAGCCUGUCAAUGAUGGUGGAAGCGCAGUAAUUGGCUAUCAUCUAGAAAGCAAAGAACGAACUAGCAUCCUGUGGACAAAGCUGAACAAGACUCUCAUUACCGAUACCAUGUUUAAGAUCUGCAAUCUAGAAGAAGGAAUUGGAUAUGAAUUCAGGGUGUAUGCAGAGAACAUUGUUGGUAUUGGCAGAGCCAGUAAGGUUUCAGAGAGUUUUGUUGCUCGUGAUCCAUGUGACCCACCUGGUACUCCAGAAGCCGUUACUAUCUCGAAGAACCAUGUGGUAAUUCAGUGGACAAAGCCUCAAUAUGAUGGUGGCAGCAAAGUGACAGGAUACAUUGUUGAAAAGAGAGACUUGCCUCAAGGCCACUGGAUGAGGGUUAACUUCACUAAUGUGAUUGAGACUGAAUUUGCGAUUACUGGCUUAACAGUAGACCAACAAUAUGAAUUUAGAGUAAUUGCAAGAAAUGCUGCUGGUAUUUUCAGCGAACCAUCUGACAGCACUGGACCAAUUACUGCAAAAGAUGAAAUUGAACCUCCAAGUGCUUCAGUUGAUCCUAAGUACAAGGAUGUCAUUGUCAUUAAUGCUGGAGAGAAUUUAGUUCUUGAAGCAGACAUCCAUGGAAAACCCAUUCCUGAUGUCCAGUGGUUGAAAGAAGGAAAGGAAAUGGAUAAAGCAUUGCGCAUUGAAGUAAAAACAACCCAGAAAUGUGCCUCUAUUACGAUUAAGGACUGCACACGAUUAGACAGUGGCCAUUAUGAUCUUGUAUUAACCAACAGUGGUGGAACUAAAACAAUCCCAAUCACUGUAAGAGUACUUGAUAGACCAGGCCCGCCCACUGGACCACUACGUGUAUUUGGCAUCAUGUCUGAUAAAUGUGACCUGUUCUGGACUGAGCCUUCCCAAGAUGGUGGUGCUAAUAUUUCUCACUACAUUGUUGAAAAAAGAGAAACAAGUAGGUUAUCAUGGACUUUGGUUGAUGCCAAUAUUCAAGCUACCAGUUAUAAAGUGACAAAGCUCUUGAGAGGUGAUGAAUAUAUUUUCAGAGUUAUGGCCAUUAAUAAAUAUGGCAUUAGUGACCCUCUGGAAUCUGAGGCAAUAAUUGCCCGCAACCCAUUUACUCCACCAAGCAAACCAUCAACACCAGAAGCAAGUGAUAUAACCAAGGAUUCAAUGGUUCUAUCAUGGAAUGCCCCAGACAGUGAUGGUGGAACAGAAAUUAUUGGUUACCACUUGGAGAAACGUGACAAAGAUGGUGUGAGAUGGACCAAAUGUAAUAGACAGAAGCUUACCGACUUGCAUUUCAAAGUGACUGGUCUUUCAGAGGGGCAUUUCUAUGAAUUCCGUGUGGCUGCUGAGAAUGAAGCUGGUGUGGGUGAAUUGAGUGACUUAUCUCUGUUUUACAGAGCAGUAAAUGCCACAACUCCCCCUGGUCCACCACACCAUCCUAAAGUGACAGAUCACACAAGCUCAUCUGUGUCCCUGGCUUGGGGCAAACCAGCCAAUGAUGGUGGUGCAUACAUUAAAGGUUACAUUGUUGAGAUGAAAGAAGUUUCUGCAGAAGAAUGGACCAUAUGCACACCUCCAACUGGUUUACAAGCAACACGCUUAACAGUGGAAAAACUUAAGGAAAAUGCAGAAUAUAACUUCCGUGUUUGUGCCAUUAAUUCAGAGGGAGUGGGUGAACCUGCUGAUGUUCAUGGCUCUGUGAUUGCAGCUGAAAAAAUUGAAGCACCAGAGAUUGAACUUGAUGCUGACCUUAGGAAAGUUGUCUCUGUCCGUGCAGGUGGAUCACUUCGUCUGUUCAUUACAAUUCGUGGCAGACCUGAACCAUCUGUCAAAUGGGAGAAAGAAGAGAGUGCUUUAACUGAGCGUGCAAUAACUGAGUCCACUAGUUCAUAUACCAUGCUUGUGAUAGACAAUGUCAAUAGAUUUGACAGUGGGAAAUACAUCCUUUCUCUUGAAAAUAAGAGUGGCACAAAAUCAGCAUUUGUGAAUGUAAGGGUGCUUGAUUCACCAAGCGCACCCCAGAAUUUUGAAGUCAAAGAUGUUAAGAAAGACUCAGUGACUCUCUGUUGGGAUCCUCCUCUUACUGAUGGUGGAGCCAAAAUAACCAACUACAUUGUGGAAAAGCGAGAAUCAACAAGAAAAGCAUACGCAACUGUCACAAGUAACUGUACACAAAAUUUCUUCAAAAUAGAAGAGCUACAAGAGGGAGGAAUUUUCUACUUCCGAGUAUGUGCUGUUAAUGAGUAUGGUAUUGGUGUCAUGGUAGAAACAAAGAAUCCAGUAAAAGUUGCUCAGGUACCUAUGCCUCCAGGAAAAGUGACUCUUGUGGAUGUUACCAAAAACAGUGUAACACUUACUUGGGUGAAACCUGCACAUGAUGGUGGCAGUAAAGUCAUUUGUUACAAUGUAGAGAUGCAGCCAAAAGGCACUGAUAAAUGGGGUGUGUGCUGCACAGUGAAAGUUCCAGAGGCUACUGUUUCCAACCUAACUCCUGGUGAAGCAUACUCUUUUAGGGUAAUUGCACUGAAUGAGAAAGGCAAGAGUGAACCUCAAGAACUUGGGGUACCUGUGCACGCUAAAGACAUAGAGAUAGAACCCUCGGUUAGUCUGCUCUUUAAUACUUACAGUGUUAAGGCUGGAGAUGAUCUCACUGUUGAAGUUCCAGUAAGAGGCAGACCUAAACCAGUGGUUUCAUGGAAGAAAGAUGGCCUUCCUCUCAAGCAAACAACCUCUCUCACAGUAAUUAAUACCAUGGUAUCAAGCAAGAUUGUCAUCAAGGAAGCUGCCAUUGACCAUGUUGGAAAAUAUGAAAUAACUCUUGCAAAUACAGCAGGCACCUUUUCUACAGAUAUCAACAUAGUGGUUCUUGACAAACCAGGUCCACCAGCUUCAGUAAAGGUUGAUGCUGUAACUGCUGACAGCAUUACACUAUCAUGGACUCCCCCUGAAUAUGAUGGUGGUUGCUCCAUCAAUAACUACAUUGUUGAGAAAAGAGACACUAACACAACAGUGUGGCAGAUUGUGUCAACAAAUGUUGCCAGAAAUUCAAUCAAGGUUUCUCGACUGACACACGGUUCUGAAUAUCAAUUCCGAAUAUAUGCAGUGAACCGCUAUGGAAAGAGUAAGCCCAUUGACUCUCCUGGAAUCACUGCAGAAUAUACAUUCAAACAGCCUGGGCCACCUGCUACCCCCCGGGUGGCUCAUGCCACAAAGGCCUUUAUGCUUGUCACAUGGAAUGAACCAGUCAAUGAUGGUGGUAGCACAGUUCUUGGAUAUCAUUUGGAACGCAAGGAGAGAAGCAGUAUUCUGUGGACAAAGAUGAACAGGGCUCUUAUCAAAGAUACCGAAUUUAAAGUAACUGGUCUCGAAGAGGGCAUGUUCUAUGAGUACCGUGUGUAUGCUGAAAACAUUGCUGGUAUUGGAAAGGUGAGCAAGGUCAGCGAAGCUGUAGCUGCCAGAGAUCCUUGUGAUCCUCCUGGUCAACCCGUGGUUACAAGCAUUUCUAGAUCUUCUGUAUCUCUCUCUUGGACAAAGCCUGAGUAUGAUGGAGGAGCCAAAGUUACUGGUUACAUCAUUGAACGUAGAGAUCUUCCCGAGGGUCGCUGGAUGAGGUGCAACUUCACCAAUAUUGCUGAAACAUACUUUGAUGUUACUGGUCUUACUCAAGAUCAACAAUAUGAUUUCCGCAUCACUGCAAAGAAUGCUGCUGGUCUGUUCAGUGAACCGUCUGAUAAUACAGGACCCAUCACUGUAAAAGAUGAUGUCGAUCCACCACGGAUUAUGAUGGAUGUGAAGUUCAGAGAUACUGUGAUUGUGAAAGCAGGAGAGACCCUGAAGAUUAAUGCUGACAUUGCUGGACGUCCACUACCAGUGGCAUCAUGGUCAAAGGAUGGAAAGGAGAUUGAACUCAAAGCAAGAAUUCAGAUAUCUGCAACAGAUAAUAGCACUAUGAUAAUAGUCAAAGACUGUAAAAGGAGUGAUUCUGGACAGUAUGCCUUAACAUUACAGAAUGCUGCUGGAACAGUAACAACACCAGUGAAUUGUGUGAUCCUUGAUAAACCAGGACCCUCGGCAGGACCAUUGUCAGUCACUGACCUUACAGCAGAAACCUGCACAUUGUCAUGGGGACCGCCACAAGAAAUCGGUGGUGCAGAAAUCACUCAUUAUGUUGUUCAGAAAAGAGAGACCAGCAGUUUGGCAUGGACAGUUGUACAAGGAGAGGUGAAAACUAGAACAUGCAAAGUAACAAAACUCCUCAAAGGCAAUGAAUAUAUCUUCAGAGUUUUGGCUGUAAAUAAGUUUGGACUUGGUGAACCUCUUGAGAGUGAACUUGUCAAAGUCAUCGAUCCAUUCACCAUUGCUGCAGCACCAACAAAUGUUGAAAUCACAAGUGUGACAAGUGAGGAGAUGACUAUAACUUGGGCUAAGCCUAUUCAUGAUGGAGGCAGUGAGAUCUGUGGGUAUGUCAUUGAGCGGCGUGAGAAAUCAAGUCUUAGAUGGGUCAGAGUCAACAGGGAGCUUGUGAAAGACCUUACAGCUAUAGUACCUAAACUAAGAAAAGGAUGUGAAUAUGAAUUUAGAGUCUUUGCAGAAAAUGCUGCAGGUUUAAGUCCUCCUAGUGAGCCAUCUGCUUCAGCAAGAGCAGAGGAUGCAUUACUUGUGCCAUCCACACCAACUAAACCAAAGAUCCUGGAUCAUACAAAGAGCUCCAUCACUAUAGUCUGGAACAAGCCCUUGUCAGAUGGUGGCACUCCAAUCAUUGGAUACAGUGUGGAAUACAAGAAAGCAGAGGAUGAGGAAUGGGUUGUUGCCAUCCAGAUGACAAAAAGCACAGAGUUCACUGUCUCUGGUCUCGCAAGUGAUGUGGAAUAUGUCUUUGCUGUUAAAUCAAUUAACAAAAUUGGAUUAAGUGAACGCUCACCAGUUUCUGAGCCACAGGCAGCAACAGACAGAAAGGAGGAACCAGUAUUUGAUGUUGACAUUGAGAUGAGGAAAACCUUGAUUGUCAAGCAUGGAAAUUCUUUCACUCUGAGAGCACCAUUUAAAGGAGUACCUGUGCCUUCAGUCACAUGGAAUAAGGAAGAAGUUGAUCUCAAAUCAAGGGCUACCAUUGAAACAACUGGAACAUAUACAUCACUAACAAUUGAAAAGGCAACAAGAAAUGAUUCAGGGCAGUAUACUGUUACAUUGGAUAAUGGUAUUGGAACUGCAUCAUUGCCGAUGGUUGUCAAAGUUCUUGAUUCUCCUGGUCCACCAAUUAAUGUGAAGGUUAAGGAAGUCACACAAGACUCUGCCACACUUACUUGGGAAGUCCCGGAGAAUGAUGGAGGAGAUGCUGUGAAGGCGUACCAUGUUGAGAAACGUGAAGCUAGUAAAAAGGCCUGGGUGUGUGUAACAAAUAACUGUCACAAUCUAGUCUACAAGGUAGAGGACUUGCAAGAGGGUGCAAUCUACUACUUCAGAGUCAUUGGAGAGAAUGAAUUUGGUAUGGGUGUACCUGCCGAGACAAAAGAGGGAACUAAAAUAACAGAAAUACCAAGUCCUCCUGCCAGGCUUGGGGUAGCUGAAGUGACAAAAGAUAGUGUUACGAUUGCAUGGUCAAAACCAGAGUAUGAUGGUGGAAGCAGAAUUACCAGCUACCUCAUUGAUGCUCUUGAGAAGGGUCAGCAAAAGUGGGUUAAAUGUGCCACGGUAAAAACCACCACUCAUACAAUCAAAGGCUUGAGAGAAAAUGCAGAAUACUUCUUCAGAGUUCGUGCUGAAAAUCAUGCAGGACUCAGUGAUCCAAAGGAAAUGAUUAUUCCUGUGGUUGUGAAAGAUCAACUUGAUGCCCCUGAAUUUGAUAUGAAGAACUUCCCACACAACACAGUUUACGUGAGAGCAGGGUCAAAUUUGAAGUUUGAGCUUCCUCUCACUGGCAAACCAAUGCCAAAGGUGGCAAUGACAAGAAACAAUGUUCCAGUCAAGUGUGGAAAGAGAUUCAGUUUUGAAGUAACCCCUGAAAGUCUUAACAUUAAUCUCAAAGAAAGUAUUGCAAGUGAUGCUGGAAGAUAUGAUAUUGUUGCAUCCAAUACAAGUGGAACAACCAAAAUGUUCAUUAACAUACUGGUUUUGGAUAGACCUGGUCCUCCAGUUGGUCCAGUUCUGAUUAGCGAUGUUGGAGAAACAAGUGUCUGUCUCAAAUGGCUCCCACCCAUAUAUGAUGGUGGUAGCCCAGUCACCAACUAUGUUGUACUUAGGCGUGAAACAAGCACACCAGCUUGGGUGGAGGUGUCAUCCACAGUUGCCAGGAGUGCAAUUAAAGUUACUAAAUUAACAAAGGGAGAAGAAUACCAAUUUAGAAUUAAAGCAGAGAAUCGCUUUGGCAUCAGCGAUCACAUCGACUCUCAGACUGUCACUGUGAAACUUCCGUACACAAUUCCUGGGCCUCCAUCAACACCAUGGGUGAGCUUCGUUUCAAGAGAAAGCCUUACUGUCUGCUGGCAUGAACCAGUAGUAGAUGGAGGAAAUCCAGUGUUUGGAUACCAUAUCCAAAUGAAAGAAAGAAGUAGCAUUCUGUGGCAGAAAGUGAACAAGACAGCGAUCCCUGCUAAUCAAAUUAGAGUGACAAACAUAUGCCCUGGGAUGAUCUAUGAAUUCAAAGUUGCUGCUGAAAAUGCUGCUGGUAUUGGAAAAUUCAGCAAGACAUCAGAGGAAGUACUUGCCAUUGAUGCCUGUGAACCUCCGGCAAAUGUGAGAAUCUCUGAGAUUACAAAGACCUCAGUUAGCCUUGUCUGGCAGAAGCCCCCAUUUGAUGGUGGAAGCAAAAUCACUGGCUAUAUGGUUGAGAGACGAGACGCUCCAAAUGGCAGGUGGACAAAGGCUAACUUUACCAAUGUCAUUGAGACAAAUUUCACUGUCUCAGGUUUAACACAGGAUCAGUCAUAUGAAUUCAGAGUCUUUGCUAAGAAUGCAGUUGGCUCUGUAAGCAACCCAUCUCUUAUCGCUGGACCGGUAACUUGUGUUGAUGUUUCUGGUGCUCCUGCUAUUGAUUUGCCUCCUGAGUACUUGGAUGUUGUACAAUAUAAAGCUGGGGCUUCUGUCAAAGUAAGACUAGGAAUUAUUGCAAAGCCUUUGCCAACAAUUGAAUGGCUCAAGGAUGGAAAGGAAUUAGUGUCAAGCUCACAGCUUUCAAUUGAGAGCACCACCGAUUCAUCUGCCGUGCUUAUCAAGGAUGCCACUCGUCUUCACACUGGAACAUAUGAAAUGAAGAUCAGAAAUGUGUUUGGCACAGCCUCUGCUUCUAUCAGAAUAUUAAUUCUAGACAAACCUGGCCCCCCAACUGGAAGCAUGGAGUUUAAAUCAGUGACUGCUGACAACAUAACUAUUGCAUGGGAACCAGUAGAAGACGAGGGAGGCUCCAAAGUUACCCAUUAUAUUGUGGAAAAAAGAGAGACGAGCAGAGCUGUGUGGUCGAUCGUUUCGGAUUGUUUGGAGGCACGUACAGUCUCUGUACAGAAAUUGAUCCGAGGAAGUGAAUACGUCUUCCGUGUGAGAGGAGUCAAUAAGUUUGGAGCUGGAGAGCCUCUGGAGUCUGAACCUGUCAUUGCCAAGAACGCAUUUGUUACUCCUGGACAGCCUACCACACCAGAAGCAACAGAAAUCACCAGAACAUCAAUGAAGCUUAUAUGGGAUAAACCAGGAUUGGAUGGUGGUAGCAUGGUUACAGGCUACUAUUUACAGCGACGUGACAAGAAGAGUCUACGCUGGAUUAAGGUUUACAAAGACCCUAUCAGUGACACAGCAGCAAAGGUCUAUCACUUGACUGAAGGAAAUGAAUAUCAGUAUCGUGUAUGUGCAGUCAAUAAAGCUGGGGAAGGCCCAUUCUCAGAUGUGUCUGACUUUUACAAAGCAGCUGAUCCUGUUGAUGCACCUUCUGAGCCGACUAAGCUAAAGGUUGUUGACUCAACAAAAACAUCAAUUACUCUUGGAUGGUCCAAGCCAGAAUAUGAUGGUGGGAGUGAAAUCACUAGCUAUGUUGUGGAGAAAAGGGUGGGUGAGGAAGGAGAGUGGACAGUAAUCAGCCAAAAGGGCGAAGUCAGGACUACCGAGUAUGUUGCAUCAGGUCUUAAGCCAGAUGUUGACUACUACUUCAGAGUAUCUGCUGUAAAUUGUGCUGGACGUGGAGACCCGAUUGGGAUGGAGGAACCGGUCCAAGCCAAAGACAUUCUUGAGGAAGCCCAGGUUGACCCAGAUGUUGCAAUGAGAACUCAUUACAUUGUGAAAGCUGGCAAAGAUGUUGAGAUCAUGGUGCCCCUCAAGGGUAGACCUGCUCCAAGUGUUUCUUGGAAGAAAGAAGAGCAAAACAUCGACAAUGAUCCUAAAUAUGAUAUUCACACCACACCUACAUCAUCAUGCCUUGUAAUUUCACAAGUAACACGGAAUGAUACUGGUAAAUACACCAUUGAGAUAUCAAAUGGAGUUGGCCAGCCAAAAUCAUUGACCUUAUCUGUGAAAGUACAGGACACUCCUUCUGCAUGUAGAAAUCUGGUCCUGAAGGACGUCACUCGUGGUAAGGUGACCCUUUUCUGGGAACCUCCACUCCUUGAUGGUGGUGCUGAAAUUACUAACUAUAUUGUGGAGAAGAGAGACUCUUCAAAACGCACAUAUGCUUGUGUAACAAACAAAUGCAUGGAAGCCACGUAUGUAAUUGAGGAGCUCUCUGAGAAGGCAUCAUACUUCUUCCGUGUAUCAGCAGAGAAUGAGAAUGGAGUAGGUGAUCCAUGUGAUACAGCAGAGCCAGUUAAAGCCACUGAGAAACCAGGUCCCAUUAAAGAUCUAGCUAUGAAAGACUCCUCAAAGACAUCAGUGACUCUACAGUGGAAUAAACCAGAUUAUGAUGGUGGUAGCAUUAUUACUGACUACAUCAUUGAAAAGAGAAUUCAAGGUCAAGAAGAUUGGAGCCCUGCUGGCACAAACAAGCACUGUGAGCAUACGAUCACAAAACUUAAGGAACUCACAGAGAUGUUCUUCAGAGUUUGCUCCAUGAAUGAGAAGGGCAAUAGUGAUUUUACAGAGAUUGGUCCACUUAAAGUUAAGGACUAUAUCAUACCACCAGAGGCAAACCUUGAGGAGUAUCCUGAUGGACAGGUUAGUGUGCGUCUUGGCCACAAUGUGCAUAUUGAGUUGCCAUACAAAGGUAAACCAAGGCCAUCUGUUCUGUGGCUGAAAGACAAUUUGCCCCUGAAAGAAAGUGAGAAGAUUCGCUUCAAGAAAACAGAAAACAAGGCAACCCUUAUGAUAAAGAAUGUGGAAAAAGAGAAUGGUGGUAAAUAUACCCUUACUCUUGACAACAACGUCUGUAGGAAAUCAUUCCAUAUACAAGUCAUCACCCUUGGACCACCUUCCAGACCCAUUGGACCCAUUCGCUUGGAUGAGGUCAGAGCAGAAAGUAUUAUGAUAUCUUGGGAUGAACCAAAUGAUGACGGAGGUGGAGAAAUCACUUGCUACAGUGUUGAAAAACGUGAUACCUCUCAGACAGACUGGAAGAUGGCUUGUUCAAGUGUAAUAGGAACAUCAUUCAAGGUACCCAAUUUAAUUAAAGGAACUCAGUAUCAGUUCAGAGUAUGUGCUGAGAAUAGGUAUGGUGUGAGUGAACCUCUGGUUUCACAAAAUGUCAUCGCCAAGCAUGAGUUCAGACCACCAGGUCCACCGGGCAUGCCAUUUGUCUACAAUGUCACCAAUGAUGGCAUGACUAUUCAGUGGGAGGCACCUAUCUUUGAUGGUGGCUGUCCAAUUCUUGGAUUCCAUGUUGAAAAGAAGGAAACAAACAGCAUCAUGUGGCAGAAGGUUAAUGUAGUCUUGAUCACUGCGAGAGAAUACAGAGUUAUUGGCCUUAUUGAAGGUCUGCAAUACCAGUUCAGGGUAUAUGCUCAGAAUGAUGCUGGAUACAGUCGUAUGAGCGAUGAAAGCAAACCAGUGAUGGCUGUUUCUCCUGUUGAUCCUCCUGGUACGCCUGACUAUGUUGAUGUAACAAGUGAAUCUGUGAAACUGAAAUGGGAUGCACCCAAACGAGAUGGAGGAAGCAAAAUUGUUGCUUACAAUGUUGAGAAGCGUCAGGGACAAGGUCGUUGGUUGAAGACCAACUUCUCAGAUGUAACUGACACUGAGUUUAUAGUGACUGGUCUAACUUGCGGCGAGCGCUAUGAAUUCAGGGUUAUUGCAAGAAAUGCCAUCGGCACUGUAAGCCCACCUUCUCAGUCUUCUGGCUAUGUACUCAUCAGAGAUGAAAGCUUCAGUCCAAAUAUUGAAUUUGGCCAGGAGUACUUUGAGGGAGUUGCCAUUAAAGCAGGAGAAAGCCUCAAGCUUAAAGUUACAAUUACAGGAAGGCCAACACCCAAGGUCACAUGGUUCAGGGAUGGUGUGGAAUUAAGUAAGAAGAUGGCUGACAUCACAACAACUGCUGGAUUGAGCACUCUCUUUAUCAGAGAUGCUGACCGCUCUCAUCGUGGAGUGUAUACUGUAGAAGCCAAGAAUCACUGUGGAACCAAGAAGGAACAAAAGAAAGUUGAAGUCUUUGAUACACCUGGAGAGCCUGUUGGACCAAUUGUCUUCACAAACAUCUCAGAGGGCAAAGUAACACUUUCAUGGAAUCCACCAGAGAAUGAUGGGUGCUCUGAGGUCACUCAUUACAUAGUUGAAAAGCGAGAGACCUCCAAAAUUUCCUGGGCACUAGUUACAGAUCACUGUGAGGAAUGCACAUACAAUGCCACCAAACUGAUCAAGACCAAUGAGUAUCAGUUCCGUGUUUCUGCAGUCAACAGGUUUGGUGUCAGUAGACCACUGGACUCUGUUCCUGUCAUUGCCCAAAUGCAGUACACUGUCCCAGACUCUCCUGGUACUCCAGAUGCAACAGAUGUUAAUGGAGAAAGUAUUACAAUCAACUGGGCUCCACCAACAAAUGAUGGUGGAAAUCCAGUUAAGCAUUACAUUGUUGAAAGACGUGAGAAGAAGACUGGACGCUGGGUAAAGGUCUUAACUAGGAAACCCAUCGUCGAGGCUGCACACAGAAUAAGUCAUCUAACUGAGAAUGUGGAAUAUGAGUUCCGGGUUUAUGCAGUUAAUGAUGCUGGAGUGGGAGCUCCAAGCAAUAUUUCAAUGCCUAUUAAAUGUGCAGAGCCAACUGAAGAGCCAGAUGCUCCUUCAAUUGUAAAUGUCACUGACACCACCAACACAACUGUAAGUCUGGAAUGGACCAGGCCUGGGUAUGAUGGUGGCCUGGAGGUUCAGGGCUAUAUUAUUGAGAUGUGCAAGGGAGCUGAAAAAGAAUGGCAUAGAGUCAAUGAGGAUCUCUGUACUAUUACCAAAUACACUGCAACCAGUUUGGAAUCUGGAGCAGAGUACAAAUUCCGCAUUAGUGCAAUCAAUGCCAUUGGAAAGGGUGAAGCAAAAGAGAUUCCAGAACCAGUACAAGCAGUGGAUAGACUGAGUGCACCAGAAUUUGAAAUCGAUGCAAGCUUCCAACAGACACACAUAGUCAAAAGUGGAGGCAGUGUAUGUCUCCGCAUUGCUUUUAAAGGAAAGCCAGCACCUAGUGCUUCAUGGAUAAAGGUGGAUGGAGAACUUAGUGUUAUGUCAGAUAUAACCACCACAGAGACUUUAACUUGUUUAACAAUAGAGAACUGUACACGAACUGACAGUGGAAAAUACACACUUGCUCUUGAGAACAACAGUGGUAGCAAAUCUGUUACAUUUACAGUGAAAGUGCUGGACACACCUGGAGCUCCAGGUCCUCUCACAUUCAAGGAUGUUACAAGAGGAGCCCUAACACUUACAUGGGAGCCUCCAGUCAAUGAUGGUGGUGCACGUGUUCAUCACUAUCUUGUAGAGAAGCGUGAGGCCAGUCGUCGUACAUGGACAGAGGCAGCACCUAAGUGUACUCAGACAAGCUUGAGAGUUUCCGAUCUCCUGGAAGGAGUACCCUACUUUUUCAAAGUCAUGGCAGAAAAUCAGUAUGGCCUUGGUGAGGCUUACGAAAUGCCUGAUCCAAUUAUUGCCACAGCUGAACCAGCUCCACCAAAAAGACUGGACAUUAUUGAUACCACUGAUACAACAGUUACCCUUGCUUGGCUGAAGCCUGAACAUGAUGGUGGCAGCCGUGUCACAGCUUAUUGUGUUGAGGCCAAAGCAAAGGAAACAGAUAAAUGGGUCGUUGUUGGUUCUACCAAAAACUUAACUCUUGUAGUUGAAGGCUUAACAGAAGGCACAGAAUAUGAAUUCCGUGUCAAAGCAAAGAAUGAUGCAGGGUUCAGUGUACCUAGAGAAGCAUUCUCAUCUGUUAUUGUUAAAGAGCCCCGUAUUGAGCCAACUGCAGAUCUCAGUGGCAUUACCAACCAGCUCAUCACAUGUAAGACUGGAGGUUCAUUUGAGAUUGAUGUCCCAAUUAGUGGCAGACCAGCUCCAAGUGUUAUUUGGAAGCUUGAAGAAAUGAGACUAAAGGAAACUGACAGAGUUUCAAUCAAGACAACCAAGAAUAGGACCACUUUGACAGUUAAAGAAAGCAUGCGAGGUGAUGGAGGACGAUACUUCCUUACCCUUGAGAAUGUCACAAGUGCUAAAACUUUCACUGUCACUGUCAAUGUCAUUGGAAGACCCAGUCCUCCAGAGGGCCCUAUUCAGAUUUCCUCAAUUACUUCUGAGUCUUGUAAAUUGGAGUGGAAUGAACCUGAAGAUGAUGGUGGAACUGAGAUAACCAACUACAUUGUUGAGAAGCGUGAAUCUGGCUCCACUGCCUGGCAGCUUGUGAACUCCAGUGUGAAACGCACAUCAUUUCAUGUCUCACAUCUGACAAAGUACAUGCAAUACACUUUCCGUGUCAGUGCUGAAAACAGAUUUGGUGUGAGCAAACCAACUGAGUCUGAGACCAUUGUUGCAGAGCAUCCAUUUGUUCCACCAGGGCCUCCAACCAGGCCAGAAGUGUUUGCUGUCACUGCUAAUAGCAUGAGCAUUCGUUGGGAAGAACCAUUCCAUGAUGGUGGUAGUAAAGUCACUGGGUACUGGAUUGAGAAGAAGGAGCGCAACACCAUUCUCUGGGUCAGAGAGAACACCAUCCCAUGCUUUGACUGUUACUAUAAGGUGGAAGGUCUUGUUGAAGGUCUAGAGUACCAGUUCAGAGUGUAUGCAAUGAAUAGUGCUGGCCUCAGCAAAGCAAGUGAAGCCUCCAAGAGAGCUGUGGCUCAAAACCCAGUUGAUCCCCCAGGAAAGCCAGAAGUGACCAAUGUGUCACGGUCAACCGUUUCAAUUAAGUGGUCUGUGCCACUGAAUGAUGGUGGAAGCCCCAUUGUAGGUUACAUUGUUGAGCGCAAGCCAUACACUGUUACUGGAGAAGGUCGUUGGCUGAAGUGUAAUUACACUAAUGUUACUGAUACAAACUUCACUAUUACUGCACUGGGAGAAGGGGAAGUGUACGAGUUCCAUGUGAUUGCCAAGAAUGCUAACGGCGUGCUCAGCUUGCCAUCAGUUUCGACAGGAGCAGUGACUUGCAAGGCAGAAUACACUCCUCCAAAAGCGGAAUUGGACAGUAAACUUCUUGCAGACACAGUUACGAUCAGAGCAGGCUCAGACCUUGUCCUUGAUGCUGCUGUUGGUGGUAAGCCUGAUCCAAAGGUCUCCUGGGCCAAGGGAAAGAAGGAGCUGGACCACUGUGAAAAAUACUCUCUACAAUAUUCCAGCACCCGUGCUCUGGCAAUCAUUAAGUUCUGUGAUAGAGAUGACUCUGGAAAAUAUGUUCUGACAGUGAAGAAUGCCAGUGGAACCAAAACAGCUGAAGUCAAUGUAAAGGUGCUUGAUACACCGGGCCCAUGCCAGGAGAUAACAGUAAGCAAUGUGACAGAGGAGAAAUGCAAAGUGUCCUGGAAGGAGCCGUUAGAGGAUGGUGGUGACCCCAUCACACACUAUGUUGUGGAGAGGAGGGACACCAACAGACUCAACUGGGUCAUCAUGGAUGCUGAAUGCAAGGCCCUCACAUGUGACAUUACCAGACUUUUCAAAAAUAAUGAAUACAUUUUCCGUGUGAGAGGUGUGAACAAGUAUGGAACAGGUGUUGCACUACAGUCUUCACCAAUCUUUGCCAGAAACUCAUUCACUGUGCCGUCACCUCCGGGACCACCAGAAAUUCUUGCUGUUGGAAAAGAUUUUGCGACAAUUGAGUGGCUGAAACCUGAGAGUGAUGGAGGCAGUGAAAUCACAAAUUACUUGAUUGAGAAGAAAGAGCGGAAGAGCAUCAGAUGGGUCAAGGUCAAUAGAGAUUCCAUACUUAAGGACACGUCCUUCAAGGUUACAGGUCUUCAAGAGGGCAACAUUUACCAGUUCCGCGUUACAGCCAUGAAUGCGGCUGGUGACAGUGAGCCCAGUGAGGUGUCCAUGUAUGCUGUCUGCAGAGUACCAACAGGCAAGCCAGAUGCUCCUUCAAUUCCACGUGUAACAGACACACACAAGGACAGCAUUAGUCUGGCCUGGGCAAGACCAGUGGAAGAUGGAGGUGCUGAUAUUAUAGGUUAUGUACUUGAAAUGCAAGAACUCGGUGCCGAGGAAUGGACCAAGGCCCAUGAGAAGAAUAUAAGAAGCACAGAGCACACAGUUACAGGUCUUACUUCUGGCAAAAAGUACUGUUUCAGAGUUGCUGCGGUCAAUGUGAAUGGAACAGGUGACUUCAGUGACCCAUGUACUGAAGUAGAGCCAGUUGAAAGAAUCGAAACUCCUGAUCUUGAGCUUCCUGAUGAUCUGAAGAAGACGAUUUGCCUAAGAGCUGGAGGCUCUCUACGUCUUCAUAUUACUGUUAUGGGAAGACCCAUUCCAGCUAUCACUUGGAGCAAACCUGGUGUAGAUCUCGAGAACCGUGGGUUCAUUGAAGUGACUAAUACUGCCACCACCCUGAUUAUUGAUAAGGUGCACCGCUACGAUGCUGGAAAAUACACCGUUGAAGCUUCUAAUUCAGCUGGCAAGAAGGAUGCUAGCAUUCUUGUGAAGAUCUAUGAUACUCCUGGUCCACCAGGUCCUAUUAAAAUGAAGGAACUAACAAAAGAGUCCGCUCAUAUUACUUGGGAUGCUCCUGAGGUUGAUGGUGGAGCACCUGUUAAUAAUUACAUCAUUGAGAGAAGAGAAACAUCAAUGAGAGCCUACAAAACAGUGACUUCCAAAUGUAGCAAGACAUCAUACAAAAUUACAGGCCUGGAAGAAGGAAUGCUCUACUACUUCAGAGUCUUGCCAGAAAACAUAUAUGGUAUAGGCGAACCUUGUGAGACACUAGAUGCUGUGUUGGUGUGUGAAGUGCCACUGCCUCCAGCGAAGUUGGAUGUUGUAGAUAUCACAAAGUCUUCUGUAACUCUUGGAUGGGAGAAACCUGAACAUGAUGGAGGCAGUAGAAUCACUGGCUACAUUGUUGAAGCUUGCAAGGCCAAUACAGACAAAUGGAUGAAGGUCGCCACUUUGAAAUUAACAGACUUUGAGUUCACUAUUGAUAAACUGAAUGAAAAUGAGCAGUACCUCUUCAGGGUACGUGCUGUCAACAGCAGAGGAGUGGGUGAUCCCAAAGAAACUGUCACUGCUGUGACCGUACAAGAACAAAGAGUUAUGCCAAAGGUUGAUCUGUCAAGCAUUCCCCAGAGGAUCAUCAGUGUUUUGGCCGGCAAACCCCUUGAACUUCAUUUGCCAAUCAUUGGAAGACCGCCUCCAAUUUGCUCUUGGUUCUUUAAUGACAAUAAGUUAAAGAUACAACAACGUGUGAAAAUCCAGUCAACAGCUAAGUUCACCAAAUUAACUGUUCUUGACACCACAAUUGACGAUACUGGAGAGUACAUGCUUGAAGUGAAGAAUAUUACAGGAAUUACUACAGAAAAGAUCAAAGUUAUCAUUCUCGACAAACCUGAUCAGCCCAAGGGUCCAGUGGAGUUUGAUGAGAUUGAUGCCACUUCAGUUACAAUAAGCUGGAACCCACCAGAAAGGGAUGGAGGUGCUCCUGUCUCUAAUUAUGUGGUUGAGCAACGUGAUGCUCAUCGUCCAGGAUGGGUACCUGUCUCUGAAUCAGUCAGCAGACCAACCUUUAAGUUUGACAGAAUGACAGAAGGAGAUGAAUACGUCUUCCGAGUAGCAGCAGUUAAUCGCUAUGGUACUGGAGACUUCUUGCAGUCUGACGUUGUGAUGUGCAGGAGUUCUAAAUCAAUUCCUGGACCACCAGGUCGACCAGUAGUGUUUGAUGUAUCACGUGAUGGCAUGACCGUUGCAUGGGAACCACCAGAUGAGGAUGGUGGAUUAGAGGUAUCUGGCUAUAUCAUUGAACGCAAAGAGGUCAGAGCUGACCGUUGGGUGCGUGCAAAUAAGAACCCUGUGACAAUGACGAGAUACAGAUCCACUGGUCUUAUUGAAGGCCUUGAAUAUGAGCAUAGAGUGACGGCCAUUAAUUCUAGAGGUGUUGGCAAACCUAGUCUACUAUCCAAGCCAGCUGUGGCAACUGAUCCAGUUGAUCCACCUGGAUCACCUCAGAAUCCAAGAGUCACAGACACCACAAAGACAUCUGUGUCACUGGCCUGGAAUCCACCUGAUGAAGAGGGUGGUUCUAAAGUUACUGGUUAUCUGAUCGAGAUGCAGAAGGUUGGCUCUGUAGCCUGGAUUAAGUGCAAUACCACACCAUCAAUGAUUUGUGAAUAUACUCUGACUAAAAUGCCCCAAGGAGAGGAGUUCAAAUUCAGAGUCAUGGCCUGUAAUGCUGGAGGACCAGGCGAGCCUGCUGAAGUUCCAGGAACAGUCACUGUGAAAGAGAGACUUGAACCUCCGAGUCAUGAUCUUGAAGCUAAGUACAAAGAUGUCUUUGUUGUCAGACAUGGAGCAGUCAUCAAACUUUCAGUUCCAAUCAAAGGCAAACCAACACCUGUUUGCAAAUGGUCGAAGGAUGGAGCUGAGGUCCCUAACCGUGCACUGAUUGCUUCCAAUGAAGAUGUUACUGAGCUUGUUAUCAAGGAGGCUGAAAAGUCAGACUCUGGUGUAUAUGCUCUCCAUCUUGAAAACAAAUGUGGCAAAAAAGUAGUGCAGAUCAAGGUUAAGGUUAUUGGCCGUCCUUCUGCACCUGAAGGUCCACUCAGGUUUGAUGAUAUCCAGGCUCAUUCUGUAAGAGUGAGCUGGAAACCACCGAAAGAUGAUGGUGGGACAGAAAUCCUCGGCUAUAUUGUGGAGAGGCGUCAGUCACAAAAGGCAGCCUGGUACACUGUGGAUUCACGAGUGGUUGACACAUCUCUGGUGGUUAAAGGGCUCCAAGAAAAUGUUGAGUACCACUUUAAGGUGACAGCAGAGAAUAAGUUUGGCAUCAGCAGUUCCCUUAAAUCAGAGCAACCUGUUGUACCAAAGACUCCAAUUUGUGUGCCAGAAGCUUCAAGUACACCACCAGAGGUCAUGGAUGUCACUAAGAACUCUGCUGCUUUGGCUUGGACUAAACCUAAAGAUGAUGGUGGAUCUCCGAUCACUGGAUACUUCAUUGAGUACAAAGAAGUGUCAUCUGAUAAAUGGGUUCGUCAUGAGACAAAGGUGACUUCUACCAUGUACACCCUCAGUGGUCUCACUACUGAUGCAGACUAUCAGUUCCGUGUGAUUGCUGUGAAUGAUAUUGGAGAGGGUGAAGCUGGACCUGCAUCAGAUUCUGUCAUAUGCAAAGAUCCAUUUGACAAACCAAGCCAACCAGGUGAGAUAGACACUGUGAUGGUAACUAAAGACUACAUCACCAUUCGCUGGGAAGCACCUGAAUGUGAUGGUGGAAAGCCAGUCCUUGGUUAUUGGCUUGAGUACAGAAAAUCAGGAGAAAGCACCUGGAAGAAGUGCAACAGGGAGCGCUCAAAGGACAAACAGUUUACUCAGGGUGACUUGCAGGAGGCUACCGAGUAUGAAUUUAGAGUAUUUGCUGAAAAUGAAACUGGAAUCAGCAGACCCCGCAGGACUGCAAUUGGGAUCAAGACCAAACUUAGUGUUGGAACUAAACCAGCCCUCAGAAAGGAGAUAGAUGAAGUUACUGCCAAGCUUGGACAGACUGCCACCCUAAAAUGUCAGAUUAUUGGAAGGCCUGUUCCAGAAAUCAAAUGGUACAAAGGUGGAAAGGAAGUCAAAGAGGGACGCAAGUAUGCUGCAACCUCUGAUGGUCGUAACCAUACAUUGACCAUCUCAACAGAUCAGCAGGAAGAUGAGGGCUUGUACACAUGCAAAGCUGUGAAUGAAGCGGGAGAGUGUGAAACCAGUGGAACCUUGGUUCUCGAAGCAGCACCACAAUUCCCUGUCCCAUUAAAAGACAAAAUCUUUGCUGGAUGUGGUACCACUGUGCGUAUCCAUGCUGUAUACAUAGGCCGACCUGAGCCCAAGAUUAUGUGGCUGCAUGGUGCCAAACCUGUUGAGCCUUCUGAGAAUGUCAGUAUUGAGAAUACAGAGCAUUACACUCAUUUGAUUUUGAAGAAUGUUCAACGCAGGGUGAAUGGUGGACAGUACAGAAUCAGAAUCAACAAUCACUUUGGCUCUGCAGACACAGUAACUCAACUUGAAAUCCUAGACAAACCUGCCAUGCCAGAAGGUCCUAUUGUUCUUGAAGCUUUACUUAAGAAUUCUGUGAUCAUUAGUUGGAAGGCACCAAAAGAUGAUGGUGGAUCAAUGAUCACAAACUACAUUGUAGAGAAGCGUGAAGACAAGGAAGGAGCAGGGUGGCAACUUGUGUCAUCAUCAAUCACAGGCACUUCAUGUCGUAUUCCUAGCCUUGUGGAAAAUGAAGGCUACUUCUUCCGUGUUUCAGCGCAAAACCGUUAUGGCAACAGUGAACCACUGGAAACACCAUGUGCUAUUCUUAUCAAGAGUCAGUUAGAUAAGCCAGGAGCACCAUUGAAACCAGUUGUGUCUGGGGUGACCAAAAACUCCUGCAUUGUGUCUUGGAAACCACCUCUUAGUGAUGGAGGUUCUAAGAUCAAGAACUAUCGCCUGGAGAAGAAAGAGAAGAAGCAGGCUGAAUGGAUUGCUGUAACCACAGAUGAAAUCCACCAGACAGUUUACUCAGUUAAGAGGCUUACAGAAGGGGUGGAGUAUAUUUUCCGUGUGAAAUGUGAAAAUCUUGGCGGAGAAAGUGAAUACAGUGAAGAGUCUGACCCUGUUGUACCAAAAACUGAGGUUGAAGUGCAUGCUCCUGCCUUCAAGGAAGACCUCAGGAAUAUGAGUGUGAAAUACAAGAGCAGUGCAACAUUUGUUUGCAAGAUAACAGGACAGCCCAAACCUGUGAUCAAAUGGUUCAAGCGAGGCAAAGAAAUACAGGCCGAUGGAACCAAAAUCAAGAUCCAAGAGUUUAAGGGAGGCUAUCACCAGCUUGUUAUUUCUAAUGCUGAUGAGGAAGACUCUACUGUGUAUCAGAUUAGAGCAACAAACCAGGGAGGAUCUAUCUCUGCCACUGUUUCUUUGGAUGUUGAAAUACCUGCAAAGAUUCAUUUACCUAAGAACUUACAAGAUAAAGAGGCUAUCCAUGCUCUUCGUGGUGAGGUGGUGAACAUCAAGAUUCCAUUCAGCGGAAAACCUGAUCCAGUUAUCACAUGGCAGAAAGGACAAGACCUUAUUGAUAACAAUGGCUAUUAUCAAGUUAUUGUCACAAGAUCAUUCACAUCUUUAGUGUUCCCUAAUGGAGUUGAAAGGAAAGAUGCUGGGUUCUAUAUUGUCUGUGCAAAGAAUAGAUUUGGCAUUGACCAGCAAACAGUCGAACUUGAUGUUGCCGAUGUGCCUGACCCACCUCGUGGUAUCAAAGCCAGUGAUGUCUCUAGAGAUUCUGUAACUCUGGAUUGGGUGGCACCUGCUAGUGAUGGUGGAAGUAGAGUCACAAACUAUAUUGUAGAAAAGUGUGCCACCACAGCAGAAAGAUGGAUCCGCGUUGCCCAGUCACGUGACACUCACUACACUGUCACCAAUCUGUUCGGAAAGACAAGCUACCAAUUCCGUGUAAUAGCAGAGAGUAAAUUUGGUCAAAGUGCACCAUCUGAGCCAAGUGGACCUGUAGUGACAAAAGAAGACAAAUCAAGAGUUCUUAAUUAUGAUGAGGAAGUUGAUGACACCAUGUCUGUUUCUGUGGGUAAAGCUCCACAUUCAGAGGCUAAGAACUUACACAACAAAUACAUGAUUGCUGAAGAGCUUGGUCGUGGAAAGUUUGGCAUUGUUCAUCGCUGUGUUGCAGUUAGUUCUGAGAAGACAUUCAUGGCCAAAUUUGUCAAAGUCCGAGGUGCUGAUCAAGCAAUAGUGAAGAAAGAAAUUGCAACCCUAAAUUUGGCACGCCACAAGAACUUCUUGUUACUCCAUGAGUCAUUCGACAGUCCUGAAGAACUGGUCAUGAUCUAUGAGUUCAUCUCUGGUGUCGACAUAUUUGAGCGCCUUGGUACAGCUGACUUUGAGCUCAACGAGCGUGUAAUUGUUAACUACAUCAAACAGGUUUGUGAAGCUCUUGAAUUUUUACACAGCAAGAGUUAUGGUCACUUUGAUAUCAGACCUGAGAAUAUUGUGUAUACCACAAGGAGGGGAACCACUGUCAAGAUCAUUGAAUUAGGACAAGCUAGACAUCUUACUCCUGGAGACCAAAUCAAGAUUCAGUACACAGCAGCUGAAUAUUGUGCACCUGAAAUCCAUCAGAAUGAGAUGGUCAGCACUGUCACAGACAUGUGGUCUGUUGGUGUCUUAGUGUAUAUUCUUCUCAGUGGACUCAAUCCUUUCAUUGCUGAAACUAAUCAACAAACAAUUGACAACAUCUCCAAUGCAGAAUACAGUUUUGAUGAUGAGUCGUUCAAAGAUGCAAGCACUGAAGCAUUAGACUUUAUAGACCGUCUACUUACUAAAGAUCGCAAACAUCGCAUGACUGCUGCUGAAGCCUUAAAUCAUCCUUGGCUGACUAAGAACACAGAGGAGCUUAGCACUAAGUCAAUCAAGACCACAAGACACAAGAGAUACUACCACGCUAUGGUGAAGAAAGAAUGGAACACAGUUGUCUCAUCUGCUCGUGUUGCCAGUGGUGGCGCUAUCAGAAGUCAGAGAGGUGUAACAGUUGCCAAAGCAAAGAUUGCGCCAUUUGAACAUGGUCCAGUUGCUGGGCAGAUCAGACAUGGGGUUGCUGAUGAAGGUGAUGAUGUCAAGUUUAUUUGCAACAUUGAAAAUUAUGACAGUAGUACUGAGGUUACAUGGUACUGUGGGGUCAGACAACUUGAAGAAGGUGCUAGAUAUGAAAUUACCUAUGAGGAGGGGCUUGCUACCAUAACUAUCAAAGGUAUCAACAGAACAGAUGAUGGAACAUACAGGUGCAAAGCUGUUAAUGAGUAUGGUGAGGACAGCGCAUAUGCAGAGCUCUUUGUCAAAGGUGUCAGAGAAUACCGCAGCUUUUUCACAGCAAAGAAAGUUGUAAAGAAAGUUAAACGCAGAGUAGACACAGCCAGACUUCUUCAAAGACCUCCAGAGUUCACCCUUCCUUUGUGCAACCGCACCGCUUACAUUGGUGAAGAUGUUCGUUUUGGUGUCACCAUCACAGUGCACCCUGAGCCACGUGUCAUGUGGUUGAAAUCUGGGCAGAAGAUUUCCCCAGGCGAUGAUGAUAGAAAAUACACUUUUGUCAGUGACAAGGGCCUGUAUCAGUUAGUGAUUCACAAUCUGGACCCUGAUGAUGAUGCUGAAUACUCUGUUGUGGCACGCAACAGGUAUGGUGAUGAUAGCUGCAAGGCUCGUCUCACAGUGACACCUCGUCCUGCACCUGCUGAUAAUACUUUGAGACCCAUGUUUAAACGCCUGUUGGCGAACCUGGAAUGCAGAGAGGGCCAGAGUGUCCGAUUUGAGAUAAGAGUGUCAGGAACACCAUCUCUGAAAUGGGAAAAAGAUGGCACACCACUAGCAUUUGGUCCACAAAUUGAAGUUGUUCAUGAGGGCUUGGACUACUUUGUCUUACACAUCAGAGACACGCUUCCAGAGGAUUCUGGUACAUACAGAGUCACUGCAACUAAUUCAGCUGGUUCUGCAAGUUGUCAAGCCACAUUGAAGGUUGAACGUGUAGCACAUGUCAAGAAGGACUUUGAGAGUGAGGAUGAAAAGAAGAAGAAACAAGCUCUUGACCAGCAACAGAUUGACAAAAAAGUACGACUAACACAGAUUCUUGCUGGUGCAGAUGUCACUCCACUUACUCCUGUUGCACAACAAGCAUUGAGAGAGGCUGCAACUAUGUUCAAGCCAGCAGUUACCACCAAGAAAGUAAAGACUGAAGCAGAGGAAGCAAAAGAAAAAGAAGAGAAAAAGAAGAGAGCUGAGGAAAAGAGGUUGAGAAUGCCAUAUAUUGUUCCUCCGCCUCGUGUUCAUGCUCCUACUGCUCUUGAGGAGGACGUGGAGAUAAAACACUUCAAACCAUUCUCUGACAUGAAAUGGUACAAGAAAUUACGGGACCAGUAUGAGUUCCCUGAGCCAUUGGACAAGAUUCCUCAGAAGAGACUUAAACGUAUCCGGCUUUCAAGGUGGGAACAAUUCUAUGAAGUGCCUAUGCCAAGAAUUAAAGACCAAUACAAGCCAAAAUGGCGUAUUUCAACUGUUUCACAAGACGACUUAGAAACUGUAAGACCAGCAAGGCGCCGUACUCCUUCUCCAGAAAUAGAAGCUUACUACAGAAUAAGACGACGCUCCCUUGGUGAUCUUUCUGAUGAGGAACUGCUUCUUCCAGUUAAUGAAUACCUGUCAAUGAAGAGAACUGAGGAGGAAAGACUUAAACUUGAAGAAGAACUUGAACUGGGAUACUCUGCAUCUCCACCAAGUCUGAGCCCUGUACGCUUUGAACUUUCUGCUUUGCGCCAUCCUUCACCAAAGAGAACUGCAUAUGAUGAAGAGGAAGAAGGAGAAGAGGUUCCAACUUAUGACUCCUAUCGUAUACCCUCUAAGUAUGAGGCUGGGCCAAGCUACAUCGAUCUACGUCAGAGACAUGAAAAGGCAACAUACAGACCUCCAAGACAGAAGCAAAGAAUGUAUGAAGAAAAGGAGGACCAAGAGCUGCUCAGAUCAGUCACAACCACCACAAGGCUAACCUCCUACAAGAGUCAACUGAAACACAUAGAGUUUGAGGAAAAAACAAGAAUCUCAAGAAAAGAGAAAGUAAAGGUUUCAGUACCAGCAGUGGUUGAAGGAGCUGCAGCUGACCUACCUGAUGUACCCAUUAGAUCAUUUUCACCCGGCUAUGUAAAAGUAACACGGCCUAAAUCUGACAAACUUCCCUCAGUAGUGAAGGAGAAAGAGGCAAUAGUCAGACCUCCAACACCAGAGCAGACACGACCACGCUCCCUGAGCCCUUCAACUGACUUCUCUACGCAAGACUUGUCCACAAAAGUUGAUUACAUGCAAAGGUAUGAGGCAAAGAAGAAAGCUCUCAAAACUAAGACAAAGUUUGAAAUUGUGACUCAGCAGCCAUUCAGUCUUGACCACAUACCUAGGGUGACUGUAAGAAUGCGCUCUCACCGUGUACCAGUUGGUCAGAAUACAAAAUUCACACUGAAUGUCCAAUCUAAGCCUGAGGCGCAAAUCCAGUGGUAUCACAAUGGCCAGCCUAUUCAAGAAAGCAAAAAGUACCAUAUGUAUAACAUGAGUGGAGUUCUUUCUCUCCAAAUUAUUGACUGCCAAGAAGAAGACAGUGGCACAUAUCGUGUUGUCUGCACAAAUGCAAAGGGAGAAGCCUCAGACUAUGCCACUCUUGAUGUUUCUGGAGGUGGAUUUUCUGCGUAUGCUUCCCAGCGCAAAGAUGAGGAGCCUCCAACUCCCUUUGUACCUGAAAUGACAAAAACUGAUGUUUAUCAUGUGUCAUCUACAAAAGCAACUGCCACUUCUGAAACACAAGUGACAGAGACAGUAACUGAAUUUAAAACAUCAGAAAUCAAAACUGAGACAACAGAAACUGUUGUUCAUGAAGUAUAUGAAUCGUCCGAGAAGAAACUUGAAGAAGUCACAACAGUGACGGAAGCUCCUGUAGAGACAAAGAAACCAACCUUUCCAGCUACAAUACUGACUAAGCCACUGUCUCUCACAGUAUCUGAAGGAGAAUCAGCAAAAUUUACAUGUGAUGUGGAUGGUGAACCAAAACCCAGUGUAACAUGGAUGAGAGAGGGACAAACCAUUGUGUCAUCUCACCGUCAUCACGUAACAACAACAGAAUACAAGUCUACAUUUGAGAUCUCCCAAGUUGAGGUCUCAGAUGAAGGUAAUUACACAGUGGUUGUGGAGAAUUCAGAAGGUAAGCAAGAAGCUCAGUUCACCUUGACUGUUCGCAAACCAACACCUGUGCAGAAAGUUGUUGCUUCUCCACCAAGAGUGAAAUCUCCAGUCUCCCCACGUGUAAAGUCACCUGUAGGAAUCAAAUCCCCACCAAGAAUUAAGUCACCUGAGCCAAUCAGGUCACCACAGAGAGUCAAGUCCCCACUAACAGCAAAAUCACCAACUCCAAGAGAGAAAACAACAAAACCUACUUUCACAGCAGAACUGAAUGACAUCACAGCUUCUUCAGAAACCAUUAUCAAGCUGACAGUAAAAGUGACUGGUGAGCCUAAACCAGUGAUCUCCUGGAUGAAAGAUGGAAAGAGUGUGUCUCAGGGUGGCAAAUUUGAAAUAUUUGAAGAACAUGGUUCUGCACACCUUGAAAUCUAUGAUUCUGAUGUCUCUGACAGUGGUGUGUAUAAAUGCACUGCCAUAAAUAGCACUGGAUCAGUUACGUCAAGUUGCAUUGUCACUGUUAAAGAAUCAACAAAAACAACUGCAGGUAUUGUGGACACAAAAACAGAAGAAAUUGUAAAAAAGGAGAUUAUCCAUGAGGAAGUCCAGUCCUUUACAGAAAUCAAAGCAUCACAAGCACAAAUGACAAUGAUUGAGGGUCAGUCUGUCAUAUUAAAAGCAAACAUCCCUGGGGCUUCUGACGUGAAAUGGAUUCUGAACGGAGUGGAACUGGCAAAUUCAGAGAACUACAGAUAUGGUAUUUCUGGCAGUGACCACACUUUGACUAUUAAAAGUGUCAGCUCCUAUGAUAGAGGAAUCCUCACAUGUGAGGCAAAAACUGCACAGGGUGUGGUCAAGUGCCAUUUUGACACAACAGUUAGUCAAAGGCGCUCAGAUGCACCACGUUUUGUAGUGCAACCACGUUCCCAGAAUGUAAAUGAGGGACAGGAUGUCGAAUUCUCUUGUGAAAUCACAGGGGAACCUACUCCUGAAAUUGAAUGGCUCAAGGACAAUAAAGUGUUAUCUGUAACAUCAAAUAUGAAAUUGAGCCGCUCUAAGAAUGUGUACACACUGGAGAUUCACAAUGCUACUGUUGAAGACAGUGGAAAAUACACAAUAAGAGCCAAGAACCAAUUUGGACAGUGUUCUGUAACAGCAUCUCUCAAUGUUCAUACUCUGGUUGAAGAACCUGUCAAAAUGAUAGUAGUGGAGAAAAGUUCUGAUGCUACAAGCUUGCAAGGCAGCUACUCUGCCUUGCAUAUGGCUUCAACAAUGCAGGAGGCAGCCUUCCGCAGCUCCAGCAUGGCACAGGUUAAAUUUCAAAGCAUGUCUGCAACUAGCAUGACCUCCAUGACAUCUGAAACAAAGGUAGCCAUGAGUUCAAGCAGCAUGAUGGAAAUGUCCAGUCGCUCACAUGUUGCGGGAUCUUCUAUCAGAUCCAUUACUCGUGGGGUCAAAGGUGUACCUCCUAAAAUUGAAGCUGCCCCUGAGGAUAUCAGCAUUGAAUCAGGAAAAGUUCUGACUGUGGCCUGUGCUUUCUCCGGAGACCCUGUGCCAGAUGUUCAGUGGUCUCAUUCAGGGAGGAUACUGUCCAGUGAAGAGAGUGGAAGGUUCCAGAUUAAAACAACUGAUGAAAUCACGACACUCACCAUUAGUGGCGUAAAAGAGAAUGACGCUGGGGCAUACACCCUCAAACUUUCCAACGAGUUUGGGUCUGAUACUGCUACUGUUAAUGUGAGCAUUCGAUCUAUGUAA